UUGCUUUCAAUCACUGCUGCACAAACGCUGUUAUACCCUGAUAUGAAAUGUAAUCACUGCGAGCAGUUUGGUGUAUUUUGCAAGAAAACUACAGACAGAGACUCCACUACUUCAGUUUAUUAAACUAACCUGUAAAACACACUGAUUGUGAGUGUUCAUAUACUGCAAGGAUGGAAAAAUGGAGCAUAGCUUUUCUCAACUCAUGUAAACACACAAUAAGUACUAUCUGCAGUAUAUGCACAGCCUUUAAGGAAGUAUGUUAAAGAUAUAACAAUAUUCUUGAUUGUAAUGGCAACAAUAAACACUCCAUAGAGCUGAAAAGUGGCGUUUAAAUGUCAUUACUGUGUAAAUCAGACACACAUGCUCCUAUAUGAAUAUAACAGAGCAGUUACAGCCAAAAGAAAAUACUGUAAAGUCGAUUAAAGUGAUAAAAAUGAACACAAUUAGGUGCUCCAGAGCUGCAUGUCAGAGUGUAACAGAGGUGCUUCCAAAGAGUAUAAAACAUUACAUGUUAGUUAUGAAGCACAGAUAAAAUAUGAGUUAAUGUAAUGUUGCAGUAUUCAAAUAUGUCAAUAAUUCAUAAUUAUAAACUGAAAACUACAAAAUCAUUGGAGCCCCACAAGUAAACUUUUUUGUACUGUGUGCAAAUGAUGUUGACUUAUUCACUCAGGAAUAAACCAGAGCACAAGAUAUGAUUAUCUUGUGCAUCAACAUCUUGUGAACAAGAUAUUCUUUUGUAUUUCUUUUGCAAUAAGUAAAUUAACUUGUCUGUAGGCAUCCAGUUAUUACAUGUGCUCACCAAGUUAAUAUCUUGUGUGCACACGCUCAUAAUCUUGUGCCCUCAAUAUUAUUACCUUGUUAUCUUGUGUGCGCAUGAGUUCUUAUUUUGUUGCAACAACUUAAUCUUAAUGAUUUUAAAAGCAAACUCAAAAUGCACCUUUUUAGUCUUGCUUUUAAAUAAAUUUUGUAUUGUGUAAUACAUUUCUAAAGUUUGUCCACAGCUCCAUAAGCUUUGCUGGUGAGGGCGGGGUUUAUGACCUAUACUGCAACCAGUCACCAGAGGGUGCUGUUCUCGGAGUGGCUUCACCCAGCGAGGAGGCAAACAGUGUCCAUUCUAUAUACAGUCUAUGGCUGAGACUGCAUAUUUUGCUGUAACUAAAAACAAAACAAAACAGUAUUGCGAAUUGUUCCCGGAUUAUUAUCAUGUGACCACAGAAUAAUCAACAUAUUCAGAUUGGGUUAUUGGGUUAGGUCUCAAUAAUUCAGUAUAAUUUUAAAUGAGACUUUAGAAAUGAGAAAUGAGAAAUGAAUUUUAAAAUAUUCAUGUGUAUUUUUAUAUAUGUGCUACACAUUUUUCCUCUAUGGGGCUGUUAUGGGUCAAAUUUGACUCGCAUCUAUUUAGAUGUAUUUUAGAUCUACCAGUGUGGGACAAGUGACAAGCAGUGAGAACAGUGUUCAAUAUAAAGUUUGUUGUUCAAUAAAUCAUCAUUAUGACUUUUAUAUUCUUUUAUUUCUUACAUAAUAUUACAUGACAUUAUCCUGUGUAAUAGAUAUUCUUCUCCAAAAAAUAUAUUUUACCAAAAACGAGUGGUAUUAAAACCUAAAAGAUACACUUUCCCUGCUUUUUGAAACGUUUAGGAAGGACAAAUCAAUAAUUUUUGAAAUUGAAUAGGUCAUUUAAACAUUAUAAAAAGGUUUGAGGUUAGAACUUUGGUGAAAAUACUUGCUACAUGGGCAAUUCAUGGGCUGGAUCAAGUUUGACCCAGAACAUACUGUGAGGGUACAGGAUUUGAACAAUAUGUGAGGGUUAAGCUUUACAUUUGCCUUUUUAAAAAAAUAAUAAUUUCAUUUUUUCUGUAUUUAUUUAUUUUAAACGUGCAUGAGUUAAAUUUUCCUGGUUGCUUCUAAUUCAGGACACGCCCAGAGAGUUUUCUUUUUCCUCAUUUCUGACAGCUCCACUUUGAACCCCCCUCGUGUUAUUUCCACUCAUAUCUGCCUGUAUCUAUAUGAGCAGAUGAUCACAUUUUCAUCAGCCUAAGCCCGCCCCUGUAAAAGUAAGGGGCGCUCCAUGUGACGCUGUGGCUCUAACAAAAAUCCAGUAUGGCGGAAUCUGUCAGGAGAUGAAUUUCUUCGUUCCCCCCCUCCCUUUCUGCUGAGAAAAACCCCACAGUCUAACAUGGGAGAGGACUAAAACCUUCGCGGGACACAUGUUGGGACUCCUGGCUUCCUCCCGGCCCGUGUAGGUGAGCUGUUGGUGCGUUUGUGUUCUUGAAGGAUGAAUGUGUAGCCGAGCUGCGCCGCUUUGAUGUUGAUAUUCAGGCAGGGAUGCGAUGCACACAGACAGGAUUGAUCAAAACAAUGUCCGGCUGAAGUUUCUGCUCCGCUCCGCUUCGGCUUCGCCCUCCCGGUUACAUUUUCACGACUCCUUUGAAGCUUCAAUGCUACCUCCAUCUGGUUGGUAUGAUUUCACACCUUUAAAAAACCUCUUUGCGUGAAAUUUCCACACGGUUUGUUGCACUGUAGCGGGCGGGAAGUGUGUAGGCACCGAGGAGGGAGGGAGAGAGAGAGAGGGGGGAAUGGACAGGCGAUGUUUAUUAUGCCGAUUGUUGCUGUGCUAUUUAUAGAGCACGGCCGAGCCUUAGGCUUUAAUGCAACAAACAUACUGCAAACACGACUCUUUCGCUGUUGUUUGCUGAGGAAAUGCAUAAAAAUGAAGGUACAGGCCUGCGUGAGUGUGUGUUUGAGUGUGUGUGUGUGAAUGGUUCGGGAUGGGCGGUGGUAAUUCUCUGCAUGCGUCAAUCUUUUUUUGUGAAUGGGGGCGUACGGGUUGUUGGAGCUGUUAAAGCAACAUCAAAAGCAGAACAUUACGGCUGGUUUCAAGUGUCCUCAAGCGGGUUAGAUAGUCUGUGAUGGGAGGUGUUAGUCAGAAAAUGUGGAUUUAAUCGGCGAACUGUUUGUAUCCACAAGCUUAGAUUUGUCUUUUAGCAGUAUACAUGUAAGUAACAUGUGAGUAACAUGCACAUUUCAAGAGCCAAAGCAUCAUUUCUUUGUAAAUUCAAGCCAAAUUCUGCACUUGAGCCUUAGAAUAACACUAUCCAGGUCUGUGUGUUUAUUAUUCCCUCAGUUUGGGCUUCAGGGCUUGUCUCCCCGAAUCUGUCACAAGCUCUUUUUUAGGGACAAUGGCCGAGGACACACACACACACACAUGAAUCCCCCUCCUGAGACCGCCGAGAUGCCCCCGGAGAAUGGUGUUGCAUGAAGCCCCCCUGGAGUGUCAGCUACUCCCCGUGACACACACGUCCACACGGCUCCUCCUUUUUCAUCACAAAAGCGCGAGCAUGCGUGCGCUGUGCAGUGACCGACUUUUUUGGGGGGCAAUUUGUCCUGCGGCUGCACUGUCUGGCCCUCUUGUCUUGAGACCCAGCCCCCUCCGCUUUAUUCCCCUUUUUAUUGUGCACACACACAUGUACCCAGCCUGCUUCAGAGGACCUCUGAGACCUCUGCCAACACACACACACACAUAUAUACAAGGGCGUCAACAUGCACGCCGACCCCCAGAUGCCUCCUCCAUCACUGCUGCCCCCCCGUCCACCUCGCCCUCAGGCAGUUCCCCUCCCUUAUAUCUGUGGUGGUGGAGUCGACUUGAUGCUCUGGGCAUGAGCCGUGAUUACAUCUGACACUCCUGCUCCAGGCUGGAGGAAUUCAGGCUUGUAUCUUAAAACAAAGAAAAGAGCAAUCAGUCCUUUCUCGGAAAUAUCACAAUAAACGACCUCUUAAAGAUCACGUAACUUCACAGUACGGUAAAAAGAAAACGUAAAGUUAUCCAUCAUAAAAACUCACAUUUAGAUUGCUACAGAUGAUCUUACUUUUUCCAUAUUAACCAUAUUUUUUGUCUAUCUUAGCACCCCAGUCAAAAAGAACCUUUAGCCAGGACAAGCAAUUUAUUGCCUGACUGGUUUUCAGUUUCUUGCAGAGUAAGCUGGAGGUCGAACUUGAAGUCGUAUUGAGUUUUAGACGCUGGUCUUGGAUCUGCAUUGCAGCUGAAUUUUACUGAAGAACAAAAAAUAAGUAUUUAAAGAGCCGGGCACCGAAAGCGCUCCAAAAACGAGACACUGUCCAGAAGAAGUUCAUAAACUCCGCAAGAGUCGUCGAUUGCUAAUUUUGCGGUUCAACAUCAAAUGUUUUUGAAAUCGAGUAUUCUACCGAAUAUUCUAUCAAUUACUCGAGUAAUUGGACCCAAACGGCAGACUCACAUAAAGUUAGAUUUCCUAUAGCCCCGUAAUGAAGACUCGAAGAAAUAGAGGACAACCGAGGAAUCGUUUCAGCCCUAAUGUUGUUUCUUCUUUGUCUGUUUUCAGGCAACGCCACUUCACUAGCUAUAGACGGGUUUUUGUGCAACAUCAUCGCAGGUAUGCGAGCGCAUCCAGGUGGCAGAAAGCGGGACAUUUGUUAUUUGUUUACUAGCGGAGUCAACGGAGAAAAAAAAUGACGAGGAGCUGUUGUGCUGUAAACUGCACGAAUCGGUGAAACAAACAAUCGGCAAACAUUACGACCCUGCUCCUGAUAUUAGAAACGUCUAAAACAACGUCACAACCUGGUAGAUUGAGUGAAAUUCAUGGAUAGUUCAGCAAGUGUUUUUCUGAUUUUGAUGCAAUGAAAGAAAAAGCGAUUUUUCAAUGAAAUGACAUUUUAUUGUGUCAGGGAGAACUUACAAACAAUACGGCAUCUGCGUUGAUAUCAGUUCACUCCGAAGCAGGCUUGUGCCCCUUGGUUGCGCGUGCAUCUAGUAUUGUUUGUACACAAAAAACCUGUCUAUUCGGAGCGAGAUAUUUUCAGUUUUCAAAACAUUUUCAAAAUCGGCGCAAGACUGCUCCGUUUUUUAUUUAAAGCUCCUGUGAGAUGUUUCUUUUAAUCAUGGAAACAGCACAAAUUACAACAUACACCUCUUUAUGACUGAUAUGGUUAUUUUUAAUGUCUGAAACCAAAGCCGGGGGCUAGGUGUCAGGCAAUGUGAUAAAUAUUUGCAGCUAAAUAUGGGAUGCAUUUAGAUGUCAAAUAUAGCAGGUUAUUUGUGUGAAUUAAAAAAAGGAAAAUAUGACUAGCAUGUACAUGACAAAAUAAAGAGAGAUGAGAUGUACUACUGUGUCCACAGGGGGCGCCAAAACUGAUACAAAGAGUUUCUCAUUGGAGCUUUAAAGGAAUUGUGGGUUUUUUAUUUCCCAAAACAAAUAUUAAAAUUAACAACCAAAUUUACCGGUCCUAGGUCUGUCUUGACACAAAAACAUGUGACACAAGCAAAAAGACCAAUCUUGUUGUUUGUCAACUUUGUUUAAUAGCAUUUAGCAUCCAUAGGUAGGGCACUAUAGCUAGCAACUGAAGUUUAGCACCAGUCAGAGACUAACUGCCUUCCCCGCUAUGAAGACGUAGAGUUUGUUUGACGGUUUAAUUCACUUAUUUGGUGUAUAACCGAUUUGAUUUAAUGCUAAUGGCCGAUUGGGAUUCUACUGCUUGUUCCCUUUUUGCAGGGCUUUAUUUUAAAGAUAAUUACACUGUAGAAAUGAAUACAAAAUAAAAACAAUGAGUCAUGGAAACCCCUCUGUUCUCCUUAGAAUCCUCAUUUGCAAGCUUGUGUAUUCAUAAUUUAAAUAUAAUUGCUUUUAAGGUUAUAAAACUGCCAGGGAUCUUUUAACAGUUAUAGACAACCGAACUAUGAAGGCUGUGUAAACAGAAUACAAGAGUUACCGCUGCAGGAUCAAUACUAUAAAUAACUGGAAAAUGAGUGUGUGUGUGAAAGAGAGAGAGGGAGAGAGAUAGUGAUAGCUGUCCUGAUGCAUCUCAAUCUACAAUCACCUCUCUCUUUGUUACAAACUUUAAACAUGUUCCCUUUCUCCAGGUUUCCAUGGUGCCUUUUUAACGUUCAACUGUCGUUUUUCAAGAUCUAUUUUAUCACCUCAGCACUCCUCAAAUGGUCACCACCUGGAAAAGAAUGGAUUGUAAAAAGUCUGGAGGGUUUUCAGGCCAUCGUAUCAACUUUUAGACAAAAUACUGAUGACUCAUUCGCUUUUUAAGCUAACAUUAGCAUACUGUUUGUACCUAACAGUUUAUCAAAAAUUUAGUUUAAAUUUAAAACUCAAAACUGGCCGGCUAAAGGUUAUAUUUUGCUAGCUAAAUAUUCUGUGAACAAGUGAAGAGCAAUGUUAACUGGUUACCUCUUUACUGCUAACAAUAAGAGAUUCACACUUUGCUAGCGUUCCUCGCUAGCAAACACAUUUGGAGCUAAUUUUACAUGAAACGCCAGGAUAAUUGUAAAAAAAUCUUAAGCUAGCUGUAAUGUAAGCUGAACAUCUAUCAAACAGAGAUGUCAGCUAGCAAAAUGUUACGUUUAGUAGCUAAGCCGUCAUUAUAUUCAAAACUGCGAAAGGUUAUAUUUUGCUAGCUAAAUAUUCCGUAAACGAGCUAAGAAUGACGUUAGCUGGUUACCUCUUUACUGCUAACAAUAAGCGAUUCAAACUUUGCUAGCAUUCCUUGCUAGCAUACACAUUUGUUGCUAAUUUUACAUGAAACGCCAGGAUAAUCGUAAAGAAAUCCUAAGCUAGCUGUAAUGUAAGCUGAACAUCUAUCAAAUAGAGAUGUCAGCGAGCAAAAUGUUACGUUUACUAGCGAAGCCGUCAUUACAUCACAAAUUCCUCCCUUCAUAUGUAAAAAGUUUUCAGCUAUGUGUUUUUGGUUUGAAAUUUGGCUCAACUUCCACCAGAUUUGAAUGAUUAUUGUUUUUAAGUCGCUGCACUUAUACCACAUAUUUAUGAUUUUUAUGCUAAAAUACAGCAGUGUUAUCGGCGUAAAAAGAAACCUCUAUAAAUGUGAAAACCGUGACUGAAAUCAGAUUGAAGUUCUCAAAGGAACACUUCUUUUUUUUUAUCCUCUCCGAUAGGUUAGCGCCAGAGCUGGAGAGCGAGCCGCCGCUCUGAUCGGAGCAGCCGAAUCGAACGCCUCAUGGGGAUUGGUCGCUACGGCUGGAUGUCUGCUUCCUGUUUCUGCCUCUGAGGGAUUCUUGAGGGAGUGCUGGACCAGCCUGAAAACACAGACACACAAAACUGUACGCACACUCGAGCUCAGACACCCACAGUUUGGCUCUGCCCCUUUGACUGCACCCUGCGCAUCAAAUCUGUAGCUGCACCAGACGCACAUCACUCAUCUGUUGACACAGCUGACCCCACCUGCUUGCUGUACUUACCGUGCGCCCACCUGACUGAGCUGUGAGCAAUGACAUCGCACAGCCACCAAGGUAAGAUCCAUGUUCGUAUUUUUAUAACUGUUGCUUUCAUCUUGUGCAAACAACACUUGUCGUAAAGUCCUUUUAAAUAUGAUAGAAGCAGCUUUUAAAGCACCAGUAAGGAGUUUUUGGAUGUUUAUGAAAUAGGCUGGAAUUCAUAUUGGCGCCUUUUUAUGGUAUGUGAGAGCAAACAAGAACAUCAAAAACAAGACUGAUGAUGUUGAGACUGUAACUUUGAAUGUGCGAAGGGGGACGCCAGAAGUGAAUUUUUGUAGCUUUAAAUCUCCACUGCAAGUUUGAAACUUUUUAAGGGGUGUUUUAUCUUGAAGAGGCGUUUCUGUCUUAUUUCCAUCAUGAAGCACAAAAAAGUGCCUUUAAUCAGGGCUCGACACUAACUUUUUUCACAUGGAACACACAAAGAACUUUAGGGGCACAAUAAAAAUUGAUCAAAUAAUGUGUGUCUUAUUCGUCGACAUAAGUACUAUUAUUUGAAAUCAAUUUUUGGUCAAUUGGUCACAUGACUUGGAAGUGGUUGAAGGAAAGGUUCAAAAUUUGCCUUUAAAUUUAACAAAAUGUUUUUAGAGGACAAAUUAGGGGAAUAAAGAGGUGUGUCUUAUUGUCUGACCUUAGUGCUAUUAUUUGAAAUCAAUUUUAGAUCAAUUGGUCACGUGACAUGGAAGUUAUUGAAGGAAAACAGCCUUUUCGGAGAACAUUAACUGGUAAUUUAUUGACGGUCCCUUAUUCAACACCCGAUGUUGACAGCGAGGAUGCCGAGUAGAUUUAACUGCGCUGCUGUUGCUAUUCCUGGUUACUAAGAGUGAGAAAACACCAGCAGAUCUGCUGUGAAUGUGUGUCGAAUAUCCAACCUAAACUAACCUCACUGCCGUAUUUACAGAAUAAAAAAAUUUGUUGCCUCGGCUGAUUUUUUUACGCGCACAUGUGCCCCUAAAUCCAUUUUACAAUUCACACACAUCUAUUUUUAGUCGCAAAUGCGAGUGAAACAGUCGCACUGUCGAGCCCUGAUGUUUAUAUUGUAAUCUUUAAGGCCCGAAACCUGCGAAGGGGGACGCCAGAAGUUACUUAUAGUAGCUUUAAAUCUCCACUGAAACCUUUUAAGGGGUGUUUAAACUUGAAGAGGCGUUUCUGUCUCAUUUCCACAAAAAAAAAAAACCUUCUCUUGAAGUUUUGCCCUCUGAGGUCACCUGGGGUUAAACUGUGUAAAAGAAAGCGUAAUAAAGGAUGUCUUAAAUAUAGUUUUUUUUUAAGUGCGCAGCAUUUGAGAGUUAUAAAAAUAUUAAUGUGAAAAGAAUCAUUCGGCAGCGGAGGAAUUUUUCCAGGAGUUUCACAGCGUGGGAAAGCCUCACGAGUGCAAAAUUGCAUUGGGGGGAAAUCUCUCUAUUUCCACCCAUAUUGAUAUAUGAACAUUUGAUUUUGAACACAGACAGAUAGCAGUCCUCGAAAAGGCAGUAAAACAUUUUAAUCUGGUCUUAUGGCUGUUAAUUGGCUUGAUGCAAUAUGAAUGAGCUCCAGAGAGCGAGAGGAAAAGUCCAUAACUCGCUCUCAUUAAGAGAGCCGACUUCCCUCUUUGACACCUAAUGACGCUCACUUUAGAGGCUUCGGUUUGUGUACGGGCGCUCUGAUGAAUUAUUCGAAAAAGCAGCUGGCAGAUGAAAAGGUUAGCUUCCUGUGGUAGCUGACGGCGUCGAGCGUGUUUACUUUGUGCACCUGGGAGUGUGUGUGCGCGCCAUAAAUAUCACAGCCGAGGUAACCGCCGGCCCCUGACAUCUUCAUCACUGACACCUUUAACUCGCCACAGAGCGUGGGGCAGGUUUCCAGUACCCCGGUGCACCUGUGUGUGCUAUUUAAGCAGUGUGGGCUUCGCUCUCUCCGUCCAAGCACAUUAUAGUCGAACAUCAAUCUGGGAUUAAGUGGCUCAACAGUUAUCAUUAGACCGCCCAGUGUAAUACCGCCUCACCUUCACUCAUCUACUCUGUAAACAAGACUGACACAAUAACUGCUCUGCUACAGCUGGGCGCUGAUCGAUACAGUGGUUGUCCGGGUCUAAGGUGCAUCGUACGUUUCCCAAAACGGCCCUCGAUUUUCCUCAUCUUGAAGAGGUUAUUUGGCAAAUUAGAAGUAGACCAAUAAGUCAGACUGUAGCCGUCUUUUUAAAGAUCAAGAAUUGCUUUUAUUAAAAAAAAAAGAUACCUCUAUUAUAAUUUUAUCACAGUUUAAUCUGUUGGAUGAAGACAAACAGAGAUAUUGAAUCAAAGCCCAGAUCUGGUAGCGGCCAAGAAAGAGAACUUCACUCUUUUCUGGCUACAGGCUGCAGCAGCUGAUGGAGCCGAUAAACUAACCAGCUCCUGUCAGAACAUAAUAAGAUUUAGCUGUUUAUAAUUUCCCUCCCUUUCUCCUCCUCUCCCUCAAAUAUCCACUUCCUUAUCCACCGCGAGGCCAAAAAUAGCCGUGAUCUUUCCGUUUGAGUCCAGGGGAGAUGAUUCGUACCUGCAGCGGCUGUCUCUCGCUGUCUCGUUUUCCUCUGAAAAGCCUUCAGAGGAGACGGUCCGGGUCCUCAGAGUGCUGCCAAGUGUGGGCGUCAAUUUGAGGUGCUGCUUCGCUCCGGUUUGAAUGACAGCUCCGAGACACACUUGUUGUACGUCGGCGCGCACAGAGAGACAGAAACAAGCGGCAGAGAGACAUCUAAAGAUGUGAAAUGCUAUAAAUUGGCCUUGCGGAGCUUGUUGGGGCUUUCUCCUGUCGCUUCUUUUUUCGUCGGAAAGUUUGAGGCUGCAUCAGUUCGAUUUUUUCCCCCCUCUUCCUCUCAGAAACAGAUGCGAGAGAAUUGAUCCUGGUUGCGUCAUGUUUUCUGCGACCGUUAAAUAAGCUGUAUUUCGAGCGCAAUUAAACAGCGUUGGCUUUGUUCUCGGGGUGAACAAUGAGACUCUCAGAUCGGCGGCUUUGUUGUACUCUUAUAUUUGCAGUGUGAUUAAAGCUGCCAACUAUUUUUUUUAAUUUCCCCAGCUCGCUUUGCACUGGUUUUUAAACAUGCACCAGCCCUCUAAAUAAAGCCACGAGCGCCUGUUUGUGUGUGUGUUGCAGCAGGACUGGCGAGUGUUUGUUGCAUUUGCGCCUGCCCUGCUUGUGUGCCAUUUGUGUGUGUGUGUGUGUGUGUAAUCUGUAAAUGAGCUUAGUAGCGCGCACGUUUUUUGAUCCAGGACUUACUCAUUUUCUUUAUUACAGCAGCACUGGGAUUUUUAGAUUAAAUAUCAUUUGCCGCAAAUCUCUUCCUAGAAAAGUGACAUUUAAAACGCUUUGUCGGGUUCAGGUUUCGCAGAACAAAAGGGGGGUCAGGCCGAUAAGGUCUUCACAUCAGUCUUUUCGCGAGCAUAUCAGCAAACAGACAGGAGUGUUUGCACAGGAGAGAUCCCACUGUGUAACUAAAGCUUCGGCUCAUUAGCUGACAACAUUUAUUCUUCACUCGUGCUUUAGCGGUGAGCUAACAUGAUGGAUUUCUUUGAUAGACUCGGUAUUCUGAACAUGACAUCCUAAGCCGGGUCUUCCCUUUUUUGGACAAAGAUUUGACUCCUGAGUUGAUGUGGCAACAAGCUAUCCUUAAAAACGUAUUUAGAUGUUUUUUGGAUCUAUGUGGUGGUUUCCAUGACAGAGUCAUGUCUGUUUUUGAAUUUAGUGCAGCCAGGCCAAAAGUCAUGGUCUUCCAGUAUCAGUUUGUCAGCUCUGUCUCAUUUGUGCAGUAGGGUUGGACGAGAAAACGAUAAUGAUAUAUAACAAAAAUUAAUUUCCCUCGAAAUCAAUAUAAACUAGAAAAGCAUUUGGAGAACGCAGACCUCCGCCAAGCAGCUCAUGUCCCCCCUUAAACAAGAAAUGCCCUGACCAAGAUUCAAACCCAGGACCUUCUGACUGUGAGGCAACAGUGCUAACCACUACACCACUGUGCCGCCUAUCUACACCACUGUGCCGCCCAUUGGUUAUCUUUCAGCAUUGAAAAUUCCAACAACACCCUUAUUUUUGUGUGUUCUGGAUCACAGUAUCCAGAAUUUUGUCCGGAUCACCACCAAAAUGCGAUGGGAUCCUCCUGGGGCUGAGACACACCUCUGGUGAAAAUUUCAGGUCAAUCCGUCUGUAACUUUCUCCGUAAAGUUGCUAACAGACAAACAAACAAACGCUACCGAAAACAUAACCUCCUUGGCGGAGGUGAACAUGGUCAAUAUGCUUUAGAUAGGCGGCAUUCUGCCAUGUUUCAGUAGACUAUACGAAUAGCAGCAACUACACGCAACCAUAGCACUUUAACAUUUAAAGCCAACGGCACUGUAGGUGAGAAAAAAAGAAAAUGAGUGCUACCCCCGUCAGAAAUGCAGAUGAAGGCUCAACAGAUGACGACAUCGUCGACGACACUGGCAUGAAAACGUCGGUGGUGUGGUGGUAGUUUGGUUUUUUAGGUCGGACAUGAAGCAGAGUAAUGUGGAGUCAAGUACAUGUUCUCGAAAAGUCGGGGAAUACCUCAAAUCUUUUUCACCACCUGAAGCGGUGACGUGUGGCAGAGCACGCGCGAUGCAAAGGGUUACAAACCACAAGCGGAGCAUUGAGCUCAUGGCGCCUGUGCAGCUGAAACAGCCGACCAUUCAGUCCGCUUUCUCCAACACAACACCUCACGACAAAACGUCUAAGAGACACAAAGACCUCACCGAUGCAGUAGCUUAUUGUAUUACAAAAUACAUGCUACUAAUAAACACUGUUAAAUUUCAUUUUUUAAAUCAUGAUAUUUAUCGAUAUCGACAGACACGAAAAAAAUAUAUCCUGAUAAACUUUUUCCCAUAUCGCCCAGCCCUCGUUCUCAUCUAUUUUUGUGAAAUUAUGUUCUGUCCAUGAUGUCCAAAAAGAAUGCUAAAGUUCUCCCGCAUUAGCCGGUGCAAGGACAAACUAUGCAGUGAUUUCCACUAUAGAGUCAUGCAGCCAGGGCCCACUAAUCGUGGUCUUCCAGUCUUGGUUUUUAACCCUUGUCUUAACUCUACAGGGAUUUUUACAGAGUUUCUGAAUCUUCUAAUGAUUUUUCAUGAUUUCCAAAAUGAAAGUCAAAUUUUGAUUCAAAGUUUUGAGCAUUUCUUCAGCACUUCUGUUAGAUGGGUCAGUUUCAACCUGCAGAAGAAAAGCUGUUGGGGUUUUUAGAUGGUAUUUUAAACCUAUGCAGUGAUUCCUACUAAAGAGUCAUGUCUGUUUUUGAAUAUAAUGCCACCAAUGGUCUUUCAGUUUUGCUUUUCCGCUCUCAGAUUCUAGAAACAGACUCAGGUUUUGCACCAGUCAAAGAAUGUCCAUGUUUACGACGCCUCACAGAGUAGGAAGUCAUGGCGGUCUACACCAGGAGCUCAGCGUCCAUUCCCAGGGGUGAACAUUUUAUCACCGUCAGACUCUAUAGGCAAUGAUUGCCGAUGGGCUCUGAGAUUGCCGACCCUUCAAAGAUAGUCUACUUUAAUUUUGCCGCUGAAGUCUGGGCCUCAUCAUCAAGUACUUGCAUCUUUCCCGUGAUCCUCCGGGGCCCUUCUGUGGUUGUGGUCACAUACCAAGCACCCUUAUCUGGGCUUCCUUCUGCCCUGAUAAAAAGGGACGAAGAUCAAAAACCACAAAGAAAAAAAAAGGGGAAACUAGUGACGUCAGGAAGGUGAUCCUCUUAUGGGAAACCGUUCAGUAAAGAAAGAGGUGAAUAAUUGAGAGAAAAUGCAGUUUGAUCAGCGUAGAAACCACCUGCGUGUGCUGUUGUCUGCAUAGACACACAAACAAGUAGCAUCUUGAGGAGUGUGGAUUCACUGCUGUCUCAUUAACCAGGGUAACACAUGUCAGCUCUCCAGGAAGGCAGCAGUUUGAUCACACUCACUCCCCGGAUCGAUCGGAUCUUGUUGACUCUGACUUAAGUGCUCCUCUGGUCCUUUAUGGGAGCUUUACAACAACAUACGUCAAAAUUCAGACGUUAUAGCUUUUCGUGUUUCGUUUCCUUUUGGCCAGAACCAUCUUUAAAUAAACAUGUAUGUAUUGAUAUCAUACUAAAAAUAGUGGUUAUUCCCUCAUUUAACGUGAAGUUAAAGAGAUAGGAUCAAUAACUACUCUUCUUGUGCUGUCCCUUUUCUUCGACUCAGAUGCCUCAAAGUAAAAAGUGAUGCAGGCGGGAUAUGCAGCGAGUGAAAAUGAAAACAUAAGUUUAUAAAAGAGCAGCCGGCCUCCUCAGGUGUCGCUUUGUAAAACAGGGGGAAGGUGAGGCUUCUUUACUGGCAACGGUUUGUUUUCAUGUUAGUCAGAAAGUGCAGCCAGCUUUCCAAGAAAGUCUGCAGAGUUUAGCUGCAGAGCAGGAACUGUUCCUGCACAUGAGUCAUAGGCGCACGAGCACACAAACAGAGGCCAGCAUGUGGUUGGUAAGUAAGUGCCGGGUACAGCGUGUGAUUAUUUGUGAAUGAGAGGUUUGAAUUUUACAUCGCAAUGCGCAGAAAUGGCAGAUUAACUCGUUCCACAAACGCUACCUAAAGCAGACUGCGCUCAGGUUAGGUUUUUUACUGCUUUAUUUUGCUGGAUGUGUGUGGGUGUGAGCGCCUUUUAUGGCUCUGAACCGGUGAACUUGACACAGUGCUCCCUUCCUCGAAGGCUCAGCUGUAACUAGGUUACAAGCGCAACAGUUUCACGGUUUAUACAGCCGUGAAAUACAACGAAAACAGAGAGGGAAAUAAAGUAAAGUCAAAUAAACACUAAUGAGGAGGGUCAGGAGAUUGUAUUGUUUGGGCCGGUACCCAAGAUGAGAAAGGAGAUAGAAGUGUCUUCAGGCGCCGACAGACUUGUUGCUUUGCAGAUUUAUACGGCGUACAAACAAGUCAGGUUGCGUUUGCGUAAGUCACAAAUAGAUUUACCGGCAAUGUUUAAAAAAAGCAAACGUCCUUUUCAAGAGUCUAAACAGUUCGCUCUGUUCACCUGCCAGUUUCCAUGAGUGUUUCAUGCUGUUUCUUUUCACCUCCUUGAUUUCUUAACACAAUAAGAGUCAAAUUACCUGAGAGAAAGCUACAAAGACAAAGAAAGCUCCUGCAAAGAGGAGACUGAAAUUAUGUGUCAGGCACAUGUCCACAGGAGUCGGCUUUUAAGGGCCUAUGUCCACUGACUGCUGUUUUAGCACUAGAAGCUGUACUGUUGCAUAAUUGCUAUCUUGCGGCGUUUUCACUUCUUUUUAAAAUGUUCUAACCUGAAAAUUUCAGCCUUAAAAAUAACAAACUUAACUCAUCUUGAGUUAGAUGCCCCCUCCAGAGAUGAAUGUUGCCGACUGCUUGCGUCUUCUAGCCACCAAGCAUCUUUUUUUUUUAACUUUGCCUAAUUUCUUCAGCAAAGAGACUAAACACAACUCACCCACUCUCUUCCAGCAGCCGCUUGUUUGUAGCGAGACCGCAGGCUAGUUCAUUAUGAACUGCAGCGGGGUGUCGCAGCUCAAGGAAGAACAUUUAUGAUCAUUACUUUAUCAUUUCUUUUAAGUAAUAAUCAUCACAAUCAUCAUUUUGCACUGCAGACGCUGUUGUUCUUCUGCCUUAGCGUCUCGGUCUGAUUGCAUUUUUUGAAGAAAUGAUCAUAAAUGUUCUUCCUUGAGCUGCGACACCCCGCUGUAGUCUGUAAUUUUACGCCGGAAUAUCCCUUUAACUAAACUUCACUUCCCUUAACUUUAACUUUUAACUUAAAUGUAAAUUUAACUUAACCUAAUUUUGGUAAACUAAGCUUUCUUACAGCUAGCUGCCAGCUCUCUAGCUAAAAGUUGAAAAGAAAUAGCUAGCAGGAUGCAUUUUAAUUUCGCACGUAAAUACGUUUCAACCUCUUUAAACAUUUAGCCAUCGUUAAGCUAGCAUCACCAUUAAGCAGAAUUAAAAAUUACAUAAGCAAAAGCAUCCUUAGCUGUAAGUAGUAGCUACAUGCGAGCUAAUGGUCCUAUCAGCGAAAAAUCAGCCUCAGCCUUAACGUAUAAACCAUUUUCACCGAGGACAGAAGAUGAAAGAUAAAGCGGCGCUUGAGCUGCGCUAUGUGAGGGCAAAAUGUAAACAAAUUUUAAGAAGGUUUUGUUGGGCACAAUCGGCUAAGCCAUAAAAAUGUUUAGUUUGUUUUGUUAUAGCAAAACUAGCGAUCACAGAAUGACUUGGCGAUUUUUUAAUUUCCAGUAAAUGGCGUACUCUACGAUACCGAAAAGAAAGGCUGAAAAAGCUGUUUUUUGUUGUUGGUGGCUGUUGAUGAGGAACACUUGUGUCAUGACGAAAUUAAUGAUACUGUGUGUAAUACUCUAAAAAGGGGCGGGAUUUUUAGCUCUUAAAGGGCCAGCGCACUUUGUCGGAGCUGCCUCUUAGGCGUGGUCCUUUAAGUGUCUGUUUUUUUCCUCAUUUGAAACUGCCGCAGCUCGUGUUUGUGUUUACAGCUGCGAGCUCACUUUUACUCUCCGGUCAGUGGGGAGUUUUGGCAGGAGCGGCGAGGGACUGCUGCUGACGUAAACGGUACUACACACGAGGUAGUGACACACAUGAUAAUACUCGGGUGAGGGGCUUUUCCCUCCCUGGUGCAUGACUUAUGAUGCAAGGACCAAAGCUGUAACUUAGUGUACAAUUAAAUAAAGUAAGCGCUGAAAAGUAUGAGCCUUUUGCGAAUGUGCUGUCCGAGAAAUGAGACCCAGGGGUGUCACAGCUCUUCUAGCUCUGCUGUGUCACCUGGUCUCUUUCCUAAAUUCUCUCUCUAGUUUCGAGGUAAUAGUUGUCAUGGCCAAAAACUAAUCUUUCAAGUUUAUUAGGACAGUCUCUAAUAAAACCUUGUCUCCUGCACCGUGACCCUGCUGCUGGCACUUUAGUAUUUUACUUUAUUGAACAUGACAAGGACAGAACUCUUCAUAACAUCUGUCCUCGCUCAGCAAAUGUGGUUUAUUUUGGUUUUACAGUGUUGACAACCAGAAUCUUUGAGAGCUAAUAGCUCGGCAUAAAUACAGAUCACAUUUUUACAUCCCCUGAACUAUCUUUCGGUCUCACCCCUGUCUUUGAUAAACACCGCUGUACAGCGCACACACCAAUUUCUGGAUGACUGUAAGUCUAUAUUAUGGAUUUGCUUUUUAUUACACCUGCCAGAUACUAUUAACUGGGCAGCGGUGGCUCAGAGAUUUAAGGGACACACUCGGGAGUGGAAGAUCACUGACUUGUGAUUUUUGGCAGAUGGAAAAAACGAUUGAGAAGAACUUUGUUGAAGGCGAGAAAGCGAGGGAACGAGGAAAUUGAGCGAAAGAUGCCGCAGACUGGUAGAAGUUAGUCUGACACACAACCCUGAUUCUAUAAGAGCGGGGACACUGAGGAAAUCAGAUAAGAAGAGCUUUAUUUAUCCCUGAGGGGAAAUUUGGCGGUUCAAAACUGAAUUUGAUACUUCAAAAAUCAUUAAAAGAAAAUCUUUUAAAUCUCUCAGAAGUGGUAAAGACAGAGAGAGAUUCACCGCUCUGUGAGAGACAGUUUCAGAAUAAUUAUGCUCAGCGUAAAAAUUGCAAAAUAUUUAAGGAUUUCAUCAAAUUCUGUACAUGAUACCAUUAAAAAUUUAGGCCUGAACCCUAAGGUGGCCGUGCCUUAAAAAUAAGACAUGACUCUGUAGUGGAAGUCACUGCAUGGACUCACAAUCACUCUCAGACAGAAGAAAACUUAUCAUGCUCUAUACAUUUCUCAUGAAACAACCAAAUUAGUCGAUUUUAACUUUUGAUAUGUCGUCUUUUUAAUGAGGUGAUUUUGCGAACAGUCAAAUUUUAUCUCCAUGAGCCUCCAAACUCAAGAAAAAUCUUUGUAAAACUGCAAACAGAAAAUAUCAAACAAAGAUCUCGUCUGCGUGCGAACAUAAAGGAGGUGUGCGUCUGAUUAAUGCAUUAAAUUUACAUUUAUCUCCUCUUAUCCUGCUUUCAGUUCUGGACCCCGCUCUGUGACCCCUUUUUCAUCCUCUUAUCCUGAUGCACGCUAUCACACCACAACAACACUGCUGCUCGAAUCCAGGGGUGAAGGGGUUAAAAGUUUUCACUGCAAUAAAGAGGGCCCGGCUUAUCCCGGAGUCUAUUUUUAGCUGCACACACACAAGAUAUGUGCACGUGCAUGCAUGGCGAACAAACAAUCAUUAUUUUUGGUCUCCCGUGUUGAUUCUCCUCCCGUGCUCGCUCGCUCGCUCACCCUGUGUCGUGCGGCUAAAAAUGGAGCGCGGGGACGAGUGCAUGCAUGUCACAACCGCUGCCUCUUUUGUGCGCCGGUCAGUGUGAUACGAGCAUGAGCCUCAUCAAGGGGUUAUUUCAAGCCUCAUUGUCACGUUUUGUGCGCCGUCCACUUGUGCUGACAUGUCGUUUUCUAACCCUCACAAAAGCAAAUUACGAAAUUGUGGCAGAUUGCAAAAUGCACUUCAGCGGCGUGUUCCCACAAUGCCGCACCCUCCCCUCCCUCCGCUGAACCCGGUGAACAGAGAUGAGGCUCCUGCCAGCCAGACAGACAGUUCGUCAGUUCUGUCCUUCCAUGUGCCACCAACUUGGCUGAACAUGGCUAACAGUCCGUCCCAGAACAAACCCAAGAGGGGGUCUCUUGUGCAACGAAGACCCCCCACUUGCACAAGCCCGGCUUUGUGCUCGUGUAAAUGGAGCGCAGCGCCCAUCUCGCCCCGCCGCACCCACCCCGCUCCUAAAAACAAACACCUAAUCACGGCCUUUCUCCCGGCUGGAUGUCUAAGUGCAUAAGAGAAGCUGUGUUUUUAAUUGGUAUUAGGACAGAGACGGCGGAGAGGGAACAUGAGCUAAUGAAAGGACCGGGACACAUCUUUUGUCCUCUUGUCUUUUGUCUCGUCCCAGCUGAGAAACGGGAUACACUGUGUCCUGCCAACGAGCUGUCAGCGGCAAUUACGGUUUACACUCCCUCGUCAGAGCCCCGGCCCCGUGCCUUCUGACAUUUUGCUCCACGGGGCUCGACACAAAGCAUGAAUGUCUGGCCUGGGCAUCGAGGGACCACCGGCAUUACACAAGCGAAGCAAAGUGCAACUUUUACGGCACUUUCCAACAUGCAACAUAUGGAAAAAUCCAGAGAAACACACCAAACGUUCACCUGUGCACCUGUAACUCCCUGCAGCGCUUUACGAGCAUUGUCCGGCUUUACAGCUGCAGCUCGAGUCCGUCAUGGACGUCCGUUCAGAAACAGCUAAAUAAGCAAGAACCAAAUCCAUGCACAAGACACCCAUCAUAUCUCAGAACAGUGUAUAGAUGCUGUAAACCCAAAAUUUAGCAGAAUGAUGUAAAUUUGGAAGAUAAAGUUGAGAAGAAUAAAAUCCAGAUUGACUAGAAAAUGUUCCAAUUUAACAUUCGAGCUGUAAAUUUAUAUCAAAAAACAUAUUUUAUUACGAGGAAAGGUUGUUAUAUCGCGAGAAUUAAGAUUUUAAUUUAUAAGAAAUGUCAGAAAUUCAUAAUAAUAAUAAAAAUGAACAAGAAUGACGUUUUAAAUUGACUAGAAAGAGAGUAAAUGUGAAAUUAAGUCAUACAUCAACCCCAAAAAGUUAUACUUUUGGAAGAGAUAAAUUCUAAUUUAUGAUAAUCAUGUAAAUUAUUAAGUAUAGAGUUUCUAGUUUAAGAGAAGAAAGUGAUUAAUGAACUCAUGAAGUUGUAAAUUUGCAAAAAUUUGUAACUAGAUUUCCACAAAAUAUAAAAAUGUAUGAGACAAUGUAAAUCUUAAAGAAUAAGGUUUAAAAAAUUGACAGGAAUAAAAUUGUUCAGUGUUGAUUUUCAAGAAUAAAGAUGUAAACUCACACAAAAUGUAAAAAAUUGUGUUUAAAGUCGUUAAUUUUCACGAAUGGAGUUUGAAGUUUAUGAGAAUAAAGUUGCAAAUUUACUUAAAAAGUCAUAAAUUUGCAGGGAAUUUGUCCUCAUGAAAAAGUGGUACAUUAAAAAAUAAAAAGUCACUUCUAUAGAGUGAAAAGCUGCUGAUCUAAAACAGACACACUGGAGCGUCAUGCAAAGAUAGCGGAGUGUAAAUGUCCUGAUCAGCUGUGAGUCCAAACGUUCGUGGUGGUUUUGGAGGAGUCUCUGUGACAGUCCCUGCUGCAGCCUCUCCACAGAGUCCCUCAUUGAGAGCCAGGCAGGCGGUUUUGUUUUGGGUGAGCUGGAUCUUAUUAAGCUCUUGUUUUGAAGCGCCAGACCAGAUUGCUGGACAUGAAUCGAGGUGUGGGAAGACAGUUUUACUUGUUUUACUGUUUAUUCCUGCGAGAGAGGAAGCAGCGCUGUAACGACGGCUCGGAGCCGACUGCAGAUCUCUGAGAGGAAAGCCCGCGCGUUCGAGUUCCUCGGCCUCCCCGCGGUCCAACUUUUUGUUCUUUUAAAUUGAUUAACCGACCCCGUGACUUUGAUGCACUUUGGCCGCACAACAAACACCCGCGGUCUAAUUACCAAUUCCCCACUAAUUUGUGAUUUUAUAUCGAAUGACGCCAUUCACCAGGAAGCACAAAGGCAUGCUCAGACACCUCGCCAAAUUGCACCAGCGCCGUGUUUUUCCCACUACCAGCAUGAAACAAGGGGAGGAGGCGGAGGAGGAGGAGGGGGUCAGAUGCUCGCAAACUGGAGGGGGACUCACGCAGGGGUCACCCGCUCUCUUUAAUCAGCUGCCGUGACGUCAGCCGCUGCCCUCCGGGAAGCGAAUCGCGCGACCCCGGAGGGAAAGGCUCUUCAAGGAGAGGCGCGUUUGAUUAAUCGUAUUGUUCCUGUCUGGUUCACCUUGCUCGCCGGAGUCACCCUGGACGGAGCAGCCAGGACGGAAGUGCGCUGAAUGUAAUGAGGCCGAAACAUCCCUCCUUCCUCACUUCCUCACUUCCUCAUGUCCUCCUCUCUCCCUCUUUCUGUCACUGUCUCUCUUUGUAAACGCCACAGACAGACAUCUCAUUCCUCCCGCACAACAAAGGCCUCUGUCAACAUCCUGGAAGCGGCGCGGGGGUCAAGCCCGCCUGUCACAAAACGACAUUUAGCCGUGUAGCUCAGAGUGCUCCAUCACUCCCGUUUGCUCCUCAUCCAUCCUCCCCCCCUCCUCCCCACUUUCAGCGUCGAUCAUAACAUGCGUGUUUUUUUUUCGACGGGCCCUAGCUGCAUUAGCUGGCGUUGACUGACUCUCUCUGCCUGAGGCUAGCUGAGGCUAUUUAUAGCUCCCCUGUCUCCCGAUGCUUGCCCAGUGGGACCAAGAAGAGGAGAGAGAAGGAGAGGAGGAGACAGAGAGAGAAAAGGAGGAGGGGGCUGCUGGGUAACUAGGCUACAUUCAAGAUUGAUGGACCCUGUUGCCAAGGUAUAGAGCGCUUCUCCUCCAGUGUGCGGCGGUUGUGUAUGUGGUUUGUUGCUCCAUUACGCCACACACUCUCUCUCUCUCUCUCUCUCUCCUCCAGUGUGUGUGUGUGUGUUUGUACACACCUGUGCCGCCUCCACGUGCUUCUCAGGUAUCGCCGGCGCGGUUUGGACUGAAAGCUUACACGCUUUGUCUAAACGACCGCAGACAAAGACAAACAUCUCCCUAAUUCCCCCGCACUUAAACCCGGGGAUGUAAAGCAGCUACCGGCGAUUUGUGCGAAGAGAAAAAAACUAAGGGUAGAGUUACGGCGAGCCACAGGUGUCAUGAGGCACAGAUGCGCCUCAUUUUCAUUGCAAAAUCCAGCCUGAGCGCGGCGUGUGCGAUUUGAAUAAAAGCUCAUCAAGAGGUUUCGGGUGUCAUUAAGUGUUUGUUUAGAGAGGCCGGUCAUCAAGUCCAAAAGAGACCGCGGAGAAGUUUGGAUUUGACUAACACCUGAUCGGUUUUAUCGCCAAACAUCAGGCGGACGGCGGGUGACUUUUAGGUAAAUAAAACUCAAGAAAAAAGAAAAACCGGAGUCCACACCCAAGCGCUCGCGGGGAUGGUGCAGGAAUGGGUGCAGCGAUUCACGCAAAGGUGGUAGACGAGUGGAGAAGCGCGCGAUGCAUCCUUGAGCUUCACGGCUAAUUAAGUGUGUGCAUGUAUGUGUUUGUGUGUGUGUGUGUGUGUGUGUGUGUGUGUGUGUGUGUGUGUGUGUGUGUGUGUGCCAGUCUGGUCCAGGGAGGAUUCCAGAAAUAGAUUGUGCUCAGUGAGAUACUCGCUUGUUUUUUCCUCCCUUUUUUUAUUCCUCCAAAGGGAUUUUACAUGGCUUUUCAUCUCCCAUCCAAAGGAAUAAUUGCAUGUUUGUGCGCCUCAGAUGUCUUUUAAGCCUCGUGCGCUCGGUGUGUGUGUGUAUAUAUAAAUAUAUAUAUAUAUGGAUCAGGUGCUUACGAAUGCUAAAAAUACAUACAUGUGCGGAGUGUGUGAGGAGUGGGAAGCAUGUCAAUUCCACCCUCAUCUCUCCCCUCCCUUUUUUUUUUCUUUUUGGCGCUGUUUUCUUGUUUUUCCUCUCUCCUUACCUCUUUCUCCCCCCGAUGCAUCCUCCUCCUCUUCCUCCUCCUCCUCCUCCUCCUUCUACCCCUCCAUCUCUGUCGCUCUGCUUUUUAUAGCCAUGUCUUCCCAGGGCUCGGCAGUUACAAAAGCCUUUUCAUGUUGCCACUAUAAUUAAAGCCUACACACUCGCACACACACACACUCACACACACACGCACAGAAACGCAUGCAGCAGAGGCAGCGGGAUUGUAUCUCGGCGCGUGCGCGUGGAUGCGCGCCGCGUGUGCGUGCUCUGCAUGUGCCGUUAUACACAAAAGGGUGAGCUAUUUUUACCUCUCUCCCUCCCCUUCCCUCCUCUCCCCUCCCCUCCUCUCCAUCCCCCUUCUCUUCAUCCCUCUCUCCUCUGCUGCUGCUGCUGCUGCUGCUGCUGCUGCUGCUGCCAGCCACAUUUGCUAUGCUGAGCACAGGCAGUAUCAGUCGAGCCCCAACAUCCCUCCUCUCUCUCUCUCUCUCUCUCUCUCUCACACACAGGACAGGAGCCGAUGAAGGCUGCUCACUCGCUCUUUCAGGCGUAUUUUUAGAACAUCCCCGCCGUUAAAAACCUCGCCGCUUAUUCACAAUUUUUUUUUUUUUGGUGAUGGACCAGGCGGCGGCAGCAGCGGCAGCUCAGGUGGCAGCAGCGGCGUUGGCGGCAGCUCGCAGCCUCGCGGAUGACCUGAACCCUGCUCGCCCCUGCCCGCUCCUCGGACUCUAGUCUCCACCCGCCCCGUUUUUUGCAGUUUUCUCUCCUGGAAGCUUUUGUGCAAAAAAAAAAAAAAAAAAAAAAAAUGUUGCGGACCAUAUUUGAAGCGGAGUGUGCUCUCUCUCCCACAGAGGGGAUCCUGGGGAAGGAGCAGCCGCUGGAGGUGCUGAAGACGUCGGCGCUCAACCACAUCCCAACAGGUUGGACUCUCUCUCUUUCUCUCUCUCUCUUUAUCUGUUUGUUUACACUCUGAACUCUGCAUGUGUGUGUGCAGAUGCGAUUCCACUCUGAACCGCAUCCGCUUCCACUUUGCAUGCGAAGGCGAUCGUCCUGAGUCCACUUUAGAGACAUGUGCAACAACCCGCCGCUCACGCCGUCUCGUGGCCAGGUGACAAGUUUUGAGAGUGGGCGCUCACUCCUGCGCUGUCGUGUUUGUGCGGCUCUCCUCGCAGUGCCAUUUUGUUGAAUGGAGUUGCAGCCCCCCCUUUGAAUGCGGGGCGCCUUGAUCGUAAGCUUAUGUAAAAGCGGCGGAGAACUGAUGAAGCAGCGUGGGGAUGCUUUUGCUGCAACUUCUCCGGACAGUUUGCAGUUUGCUUGUCGCUUGUGCUGCAGGAAAUGCAUGGAGAAGUUUAGAGCGAAGAAAGGGGGAAGCAGAAAGGAGGCAAGAGUGGGAAAACGAUAGGGGCACAGAUGGCGAUGAGGUAAUCUGAAGGAGGGUUGAGUCUGAUGUAACAUAUGCAUAAUGCGAUAUCUAAUUCCAUAACAAGGGAGCUAAUGCAGAGCGUCAUUUUGGAUUUUACCCGCUAAACUCUACCCUGUUGCUUGAAACAACUUCAUUUCCUUUUCUUCUUCUUCUUCUGACCUGAAGUGUCUCCCUCUCGUCCCGGAGCGUCCCCGAGCCUCACAUGUGCGCCGUGUUGUUGUCAGGGGGGGUUAUUUUGCACGCGCCUCAAGCUACUCUGAUGAAAUAUUGAAAUCCGCCGGAGUGGCUUCAUCAGAUAUUCUCGAAAUCUGUUGUCUUGGAUACAGAGCCCGCUAGGACGCUCUACGUUUUGGUAGCGAGGGUGACCCCGGCGCCUGUUUGAAAGCGUGAACGCAGCGUUCGUUUGCACUUUCUCAGAGAAGAUGCGAAACUCCAGAGAGCUUUGUCACCUGAUCUUUACGUAAUCAAAUCCUCGCCGAUGCAUCUAAGCAGACGACCUUCACUGCUUACUCUGAGGAGGUUAACCCCCAAUUUCCACUGCAUCCGGAACGGCUAUGAAAAGGCCGUAUCCACCGAUUGCAGCUGAUCGUAACCAUUCAAGUUAAUGUGUCAAUUUCCACCGGCUUCUUUCCGUUCCGCUUCGGAUCACCGGACUCCGCAGCUGAUUGCAAGAGUUCUAUUUUUUCCAGGAGCAUGCUGGAUAAAUUCAGCACAGAUUAACCCGUGCUGGAAAGGAAGUCGAGCACAGACACAAAAUAAAACAUCCGGAUUCUUUUCAAAAUAAAACACUAUGCAUUUCAGGUGUGCAAACGGUUUUUAGACAACAUUUCACCUCGAUAACACCAUGGAUGAGGAGAUGCUGAUUCUAGAAGUCUAGAAGUAGAUUUCCUCCUCUAGAAGGACUCAAUCUACGUGCAGAAAUGGUUAUGUGGCUGUCUUUAUAGAGACAACUUGUUUUCUGCAGGUUCUUGUGAGUUCUUGCGAUUCCCGCUGUCUGUAGUCUGCCACAAAAGUCGCCUCACAAACGAAGCCGGUAGGAAUUGGCGGAUGGCGAAAAUCUUCGCCGUUCGGGAUGCUGUGGAUAUUCAGGGUUAACAGUUGCUGCAUAAGUCUAAAGUUUGCGUCGACUGACGUGUCUCAACUUUUUUGACACCCUGAAUUUUUGUCAUGUCAGUAUAUUUUGGUCUUUAAAACCACUAAUAAAGCUAAACAUUUACUUUUUAGUCACUUAGAUGCUAAAAUAUGCAAGUUUUUGAAAUUUUAUGGAACUGAUAAUGUUGUAUUUUGGCUACGGGUCCAAGAAAAACCCAAUUCUAUAAUAUUUCUCUCUUGCCGUACUUAUUUUGUCACAUCUGGAUCCACUCCUGCUCCUCUCCCUGCUCCCCUCUCUUUGGAUAGUUUGCACCGCUGUUGCAUAAAAAAUAUAUUCAGUGUCAGGAUGAAACUGUCUUCGGUAUCGCUGUCGUCCCACCUGUUUGAUCUGAUUCCUUCCUAGACUCAGACUCGAACCACAAGCCAAAAAACUGGUCCCUGCUCUUUUACAGACGCGUUCCUGCACGUACCGCGCCUCGACCUGCACACGUCGUCCCUCUCCCAGCCCCACGUGUUUUGUCUCUGCCUCGUGUUCGCUCGUCUCCUUCCUCCUCAGCCGGAGCGCCGCAGACCGUUGCGUGACGUCACGGCCGCGGCGACAAGUCAGGGCUCGCUUGUAGCAAAACAAGACUCGCUGCACCUCGACACGUCCCUCCGUCACACCCUGGAUGUUCUGUCUCGUUUGCUCUGAAGAGGUCACGAGAUCACAAUCGGGCUCCUCUGCAGGCUGGGAAAGGAAAGAUUUAUCUUCUCCAGGAGGAAAAACCCAAAUCCAGAUUAGCAGGGAGAGUGAGUUUAGAGUAACACAGGCUGAUGCUCCCCUUCGGAGACCGAGCAGGAAGCAGACUGCAGCAAUUCCCCGCCAUCAACAGAUGUGCUACUUGUUGCCUCUCAUCUUCACCCUGCUGCUAAAUUCGCUGUGAAACCCCUGCGCCGAAUAUCUCCUCUUCUUUGUCAUCCUCUUGCACGCUUUUAAAAAGAAAGAUCGCAUUUCUCCGAGGCUCUGGCUCUGCUCGGGCUCAGUAUGACAUCUAUUAAGCCUAACGAGUGUGGAGCCCGGGCAGUCGGAGAAAACCGAGUCUUAAAUCUGAGACGCCAGGACCUCUCUGCAUUGUCUGGUAUAAAUAGACCUGCAAUAAGAGCUGGAGGAGUUGUAAACAGAUUGUGAUGGAGGGAAGAAUAGGAGAGGAUGCGAGAUAGAGAGGUAUAAAAACCAGCAGAAGAGGAAAGGUGAUGGAGCGCUGAAGGAAGAAAGUCAUGUGAGGAGGAGAUUCCCUUUAAUGCGUCAAAAACGCUCCUCGUCAAACUAAAAAACGCUCAAAAGGGAGAGGAACAAAACCCACCAGGCUUCCCUUCAGGUUUCAGAUCAUCCAGGAAACUUGAUUCACUCUGACAAACUGGAAUUGAACUGAAGUCCUCGUUCUCGUUGAAGUUGCGUAAGAUUCCUAGAAGCUCCUCGGCUCUCCCUCGAGACGGCACGAUCCUCUUUGUUUUGGUUUUCUCUGACUGCCCCCAUAUCGUCGCCUAUCGGUGCACAUCAGUAAACUGAGGGUUUGACGUCACAACUUGUGUACAAAGAUGAGCUGAUACAGGAGUUUAUCUUUGACAAGUGGCAGUCAAGUUAGUUUAAUAGGCUUCUUGUUGCCCAGAAACAAAGACCUAGUCCUGAUUCCUGGGAAUUAAUCUUGUAUUUUGCGUAUUUCUCCUUUACAGAGCAGGUUUCUUUGGAGUUAUUCAAGCAAAAUAAGCUUUUUAAUGAGCUUAUUAUCAACUGUAGAACUUUUUAUUCUGCAUAUAACUGCUUAGUUGUCUACUAUGCUGAAAGUUCGAUUGUUAGUUAUGAUAAAGUUAAACUCUAAAAGUCCUUUAAAUGUGUUUUUCGUUCAAAACUCUUGACCUCGUCCUCCAGAUUAUCGUCCUACCUGAUCCCCUCUUUGAGCCUCUGCCAGAUGUUGACAUGAGAUUUUGUGUAAACGCGUCUUUAUCAAGUUUCUAUCAAUUCCUUUGGAUUCAUCUCAAGCCUAAACAGGUUUUCUGGGUCAAGUUGUGUAACUUUCACUGAAAGGGGGGAAGGACUGGGUCAACGUUUACAGGUCCAGUCAGAAGCUGGAAUCAAGCCUCCGAUUCGUAGAGAGACAAAUACGAAAAUGGACGCCUUUGUCUGGUACAUUUAACGUUUUGAGAGGAAGUGGAUCUGGACAGACCCAAAAACCUCUGAUCUUGUCCGUGUGCCAUUCGUCAUUUGGCUGGUUAUCUAUAUUGGCCUCAUAUUUUACAGUUGGCCAAUAAAACGAAGCGCACUACUUUGACUCAGCUGUGGCCGGCUCUUUCCCUCCGGGUUUGUUUUCUCGAACGUGUAACUGGUCGAUUAUUCACACUUGUAUUGACAUUGUACAACGUCUAACAUAUGGAAAAACCAGUGACGGCCCACCCUUACUCCGAAUUUCUCAGAAACACAGGGGAGUUCAUGUCGCUGAAAAGCUGUCGGUCUCACGAUGCGAGUGGAUUUUACAGUUAGACUCUUUGUCGUACUUGAGCCGGUUGUUCGAGCGCUUGUAAACAACAAUGUUUUUGAGUCCCAUCCUUAAGGGCAUCAGUAGUGAGUAUAUAGGUACAUGUGUUAGCCAGGGAUUGACUACUAUAGGGUCGAUACUGUUUAUGAGCCUUAAGCAGAAAACAUACAGGAUCCGUAUUGAGCGUGUUCCGUAUUUGCUCUGUAGAGCAGCAUUGGGUAUCACAUACAGGACUGGGUAUCGUAUUUGGAGCGUGGCGUAGUGUAGCCCCGAUCAGAGGUAUAGAGCAAACAACAUGUUCCCAACAGGUUGUUUUUCCUUUCUUUCAGGUCAAUUUCCUGCUAAUUUGGAUAUAAUUCAGCGACCGUUGAGCCUCUACUAUAUGUUAAACAGUAACGUGAUUUCACAGUUUCGCUUUUCCCAGGUUUACUCGUGUUUAAUAAAGUAAACUAUGUUCCUUUAUGCUGUUACCUUCAGACAGAGUGAGCAGUUCAAAGUCCUGUUGGGGUCCACAUGGAUCAGGGAUUGACCAUCGGAUUGUUCUCUCGCAUAUGGUGUUUUAUUUUGAAAUACCAGAUGACAUGCGCAUUUUUUGUGCUUGACUUCCUUUCUAGAAUGAUCUUCUCUGUGUGGAUUGACGCGCAUUGGAAGUGUAGAGCAGCAAAAAAAGGACUUGUUGCGUAUCUUUAGUAGUGCUGCUCUCGAUACGAUGCUGCGACGGAGCUGGGAACCUAUUUGCUGCAUGAUACGCGACGCUGCCGAUACGCACUAAAUGUGGAUCCUGUAUGUUUUAGCCUUUAGAACAAGAAUUUAUAAAGUUAUUAUCAGCCAUCUGUGAAAUAAAAGGCCCGGUCCUGAUCAUCAGCCUCUGAAACAGACACCUAUAUAGACCCGAUGCUCUGUCCUGCAGCCCUUCUCUGAACCAAAACAGGAUAUUUCCAGUCCUAAGAGCGCAUCUAACAGAGAAAACCCCCGACUGUGAGUGUGAACAGGAGUUUCUCGGAAAUAUCAAAGCCUGAUUUUUUUAAAAUACGAAUUUGAAAAUGUCAUGGUUUAGAGUGUGAAAAGGGCACAUUUUGUCUCAGUAAUCCUCUUACUGCCUUAACUUUGACAAAAAUAGCUCCUUGAACACUUGACUUGAAGCAGAAUUUUCUUUCUUGUUUACAAAAAAAGACUUUCCUCGAAAUGGUUUGUGUGCGCUUACCUUGGUUCGAUCCUUGGACCACUUAUGUUUCUGAUACACAGAUGCAAAAAUGUGAACUUUACGCCACAGUUCAUUCACUUUGUAUGUGAUGAAGAAAGACUCCUCCUCAGAUCGAGGAGGAACAAUGCAGUUUUUGUCCCGGUCGCGGAACUACGGAUCAACUCUUGACCCUCGCUCAGGUUCUUGAGGGGAGAUGGGAGUUUGCCCAACCAGUCCACAUGUGUUUUGUGGACUUGGAGAAGGCCUAUGACUGUGUCCCCAGGGGAAUCCUGUGGAGGGUGCUCCGGGAGUACGGGGUGGAGGGUUUCUUAUCAAGGGCCGUCCUGUCUCUUUACCAAAGGAGCACGACCUUGGUCCGUGUAGCCGGCUGUAAGUCGGACUCGUUUCAGUGAGAGGUGGACUCCGCCAGGGCUGCCCUUUGUCACCGGUUCUGUUCAAAACCUUCAUGGACAGAAUUUCUAGGUGCAGCUGAGGGGUGGAGGGUGUCCAGUUUGGCAGGCAGAGGAUCGCAUCGCUGCUUUUUGCGGAUGAUGUGGUUCUUCUAGCUUCGUUGAGUGUGAAGCGGCUGGAUUGCGAAUCGGCACGUCCAAGUCCGAGGCCAUGGUCCUCAGUCGGAAAAAGGUAGAUUGCCUUCUCCAGGUCAGAGGGGAGGUCCUAAACCUGAAACAUAACAGGUCCGAGGAUUGAACCCUGGGGUACCCCAUGAAUUAGCUUCAGUUUUAUUGAGUUUUGCCCAUAAACAGACACUGUUUCUGCCAUAUACGUAAUCCUCCAGGUAUUUACAAGACUUUAAGGUCACUAGUUACAACUCCAGCUUUACGGGAUAAAGAUAAAACACGUGUCAGGGGCUCAUCAAUGGAAGUUUCACCUUUUGAACUAAGUAAAAGGAGGAAAAAAAUAAGGUUUUCGGGACAUUAUCAGUUUUUGAGCCGCACCUGUAUGUAAAUAUUUGUCUCAAACUUGACACAUAAGCUCACAUAUCCCUGCCCAGGUGUCCAAAGAAGCGCUGGCACAUUAUUAAGACAAAGAAAAAUGACAUUUAAGUCUGAAAACAACAAACACUGAUCCCUCAGGAUUUGAAUAUCUGCAGGGAAACGUCCUCGCUCCGGCUUCACCUGAAACCAUUUUGUGGGUUUUAUUUGUUUGGGAAAUGUAGGCAAAUUCCAGGCCAGGAAUUUGAGCACAUGGUAUUAAAACCGCACCAAAUGGAGAGAGAGGGGGAGAGAGAGAGAAAGAGGGAGCGAAAGGGAGGGAGGGGUGGUUAUUAUGAGGAGGGAGAGGGGGUGAGGCUGCCUGUGAGUGGGAGGCAGAUAUUUGAUGCACUACGAGCGGCAUGGAGGGUUUUCCUUGGCCUUUAGAAGCAGGGAAAGCAGGUCGAGCGAGGGUGAGGAGAGAGAGAGGAGCGCUGGCUGUGGGUGUGUGUGUGUGUUUAGUGUCAGGGUGCGUGUGUGUGUGUGUGUGUGUGUGUGUGUGUGACGUUGGUUCCUGGAAAAGCAGAGGGCUGCAGAAUAAACAGCCUGCAUGCCUGAGACUGCCCUGUGAUGUCACCGUUGGGCGAGCGAGGGACAAGGGGAGGAGAGAGAGAGAGAGAGAGGAGAGGAGAGAGAGAGAGAGAGAGAGAGAGUGACGCCCAUCAGGUUAAACAGGAGGGGGGGAUGAUGAGGAGGAAGGAGGAGAAGUCAGAUGAAGGAGAGAGGCGAGGGGAGCGUGUUGUUUUGCCAUCCUUUUUCCCGAAGUGAGGGAGGACGAGGAGGAGAGGGCGCAGAGAUACAGACUGAGAGAGGAAGAGGAGGAGAGCACUGAUGGGUACGUCUCUCUCUUUUGGUAAUUAGCGCUCUGGUUGUGAUGGAGACGGCAUUCGAGGUGCGUUGGAGCAAUGGCGUGCGUCACCAUCUAUAAGUGAGCGAGGCUAUCUGAGACUCGUAGCCUUUAAGGAACAUUUUGUACGAGGAAAGUGUGUGUGCAAGCGUUUCUGUGCGCAAGUUAUGGAUUUGCAUUAGGGUAAGAUCGGAGACACGAACGCACUUUUCAUUUAUAGCCGCAUCUUCCUCUUCUUCUCGUCUCUGUUGUUGCUAAAACUGCUUGAAAUCCACAAAAAGAGGCUUCUUUGCUAACUAGACCGCAUGCAAGACUUAAUAAGGAGUCCCUGCUACUUUCCACACACUGCCAAGACUUCCAUAACAGUCCUGAAGAUGUGAAGUCAGGUUCUGAAUCUGCAAAGUGACUCACACGAAUCCAGGUAGAGUCGUGACAGAACUGCGAGGAGCUUGUUUCUUGAGAGGGGGACCGAAAUGUCACCUCGGCGGAGACAACGUUAUUCUGGUUUGGAAGCUCUCUGCACAAGAUGAUUCACGGCUAGUAGGAGAUAGUCUGCCUCGUGUCUGCUUUAAUCGGCUGCCAAAAUCGGCCUGUCGUUGCUUCUUAAAGCUCCUGUGAGGAGUUUUUUUGGACGGUUAUGAAACAGACUGAAAGUAACGGUGAUGCCUCCUUUAUGACCUGCGGUGGCAAGCGAACUCAUCCACAGCAAGACCGGCGUUUUCUGCAGUGUAGAUCUUAAUGCCUGGAACCGCUUUCAGACUCUGUAAGUUUACAUGUAGUUUUAAAAAAUAUCAAUUUAUCGCCUUAGUCUGACUAAACUUGACUUUUCAAAAACACGGACAAGCUUCUAAAUCAAAAUUCUCCGAGUCGCGCUAACUCACUUUGAUAAUGCGGUUGAGGAUCGUUAUGUAGAUGUAUCGAACAGUUCGAACACGUCUCAGACAGACGAAGAAAAGAUGAUUUUCGUACAAUUGCAUGAUCUGUUUGUAUGAUCUACAUUUUAAAAUCCCUUUAAAAGCUCAUGUAUACAACUGUUUGGGUUGUGUCGCAUUUGGCGCCCCCUGUGGACAACCUUCAUUAUUUCAUGAUUUUAUCUUUUAAAAAAAAGCUAUUUUUAAACAAUUUAGAUCUGUGUAAAAUGUAAAAGUACAACAAACAUGGUAAGAAAUAAAAGUUGACAAUUUUGCAUUCAGGAGAUUAUUAGACUCUGCUGAUGACCACAUUUGAUAAUGCGAUAAUGUGUUUAAAGAUCGUCAUGUGGAUGCAUCAGAGUCGACCACGCUGCUAGGAAGCCAGGUAGUUAGCGAAACUUCGACAGAUGAAGAAAAGAUGAGUUUCGUACAAUAGUUUGAUCUGUUUCCUAAAUUUUUUAAAAUCUCUUAAAAGCUGACGUUUAGAACUCUUUGGGUUGUGUUGAAUUUGGCGCCUCCUGUGGACAACCUUUGCUAAUUCAUUAUUUUAUUUUCUAAUAAAAUCUAAUUGUUCCAUAAAGCAAUCAAAUCUGUUACAAGUGUAAACGUACCUCCUAUUCAGCCUGUUUUACGACCAAAUAAAAACUCCUUACUGGAGUCGAAUCCGCUGCUAGGAAGCCAGGUAGUUAGCGAAACUUCGACAGAUGGAGAAAAGAUGAGUUUUGUACAAUAGUUUGAUUGUUUUCUAAUUUUUUUAAAAGCUGAUGUAUAGAACUGUUUUGGUUGUGUUGAAUUUGGCGCCUCCUGUUGACAACCUUUGCUAUAUCAUUGUUUAAUUUGUUAACAAAAACCUAUUUGUUCUUUUAAGCAAUGUAAAAUUACCUCCUCUUUGGCCUGUUUUACAACCAAAUAAAAAAUCCUUACUGGAGCUUUAAUGCGUCACCCAAAAUAUAGAUUCGUAAACGGGGAAAAAAUCCUCUUGAAAAGAAGGAAAAUCAUGGUUGUUAGUGAAAAAGUUGACAUUCUUCACUCAGGAGAUUAUUAGACUCUGCUGACGACCACACUGACUCGUGUUGAUGUCAUCCCCCCGUACAAACGCCAGUCCCUGAGGACCUGAAAUGACUUGUUGCUCCGCUCUCCAAUCUCAUUGAUGAGUUAAACCCAAAGGGCGCAAACACUCACAUGAGGAAACGUAAAUAUUCUUCAUACGUGGAAAAUUCGCUCUUUUACUGAGUCGCCUUUCAGUUGACUUCAUUGUUUUUGUUUCUCCUUUUAUCAAUUUUAAAGUUAACUCACUUAUUUACUCCUUCUGCCCUCAAUCCAUCCAUCCAGGGGUCCUGUAAGAACAGAUUUGCGGCGAGUGCGCCUCAUACUUCAGCACAGAUGUCUUUCCUUGUUUUAAACUCCUCUAAAGUGGGCCUGAGUGCUGAGUUUAAAGUAUUUAUUCACACUUGGAUUGAGUAAAAGUGUGACAUCCUUGAAAUAAUCAUGAUAAAUCUCCGCCGCAGCCCCAGAGAUUUUCCCCCUGCGAGUGUUUUUGUGCACCUCCGAUGUUGUGUUUGCCUCUUUAUUAGCUCAAAGUUCCAGGCAAGUAUCUCUGGCUGUCGCCGCGCUCUCUGCAAACAUGUAGGUAAAUAAUCGGCCAAUCGACUCCUGUUUAUUCAGAUUUAACGCGGAGGAAGCGGCGUGAUUGGAAGGCUUCCUGUGCGGUGAUUUGUGUGUGGCUGCAGCAGACCUCGAGCCGGGUCAAUGCAGUCUUUGUCGGGGUGUCGGAGGGAUUCGUGGGUCGAGCUGUGAGGGGGGGAAAAAGGCAUCAGUGUCGCAGCGAGAGUGAAGCUUAAUUGAUCCUUGAAAGAGGAUUCUGCCACUAAAAGGUCAGAGGUCAGGGUUGAUGGGCGAUCUUUGAAAUGGCGGGAUGUCAAAAUGAAAGACGGUUGCUAAAACAAGGACUUUAAAUUGAUUACUGUUGACAGGAAUUAAAUAUUUAGACCUUUAGUGAGGCUGCUUCAGUACCAAUCAAUGCCUCUCAAUUACAGCCUCCAUCAGGUGGUUUAUUAUCUCCUCCACGUUGAUCUUUAUGUUUAUCCCCAUUUAAAAGACUCCUAUCAAGUGUCUGUCACGGUAUCAUCACGUCAGAAAAACAACAAAAAAGCUGAAAAUACUUCUUCAAAGUUGGACUCCCUCUCCAGACCCUGUCACUCUCCAGAAUUGAUAUCGACGGUGAUGCCAGGUGGCGUUCGAUGCCAGCGUUUAUUCUGCAUCCUUGAGCAGGUAGACGCAUUAAAUGACAUCUCGCCGAGCUUUGAAGUAAUCCCUUUCAGCUGUUUCUCCGCCGCUCCGCUCCUGACUAACAACUCCAACAGUUUCAGGCUUUGUAAGGACGCCCGUGACGCACAGGAGCUUCUUAGUCAUUUGUAACUUUCGCAGCAUGUUUUGGUUUCGUUGCCUUGAAAUAAUCAUCAAAAGUUCCACCGCUCUUCAGUGUGAGAGUUUUCCUGUAAGAACCGUCGGUCUGUGAUUUGUCCGGGAGUGUUUAGAAAGUGGAUUUAGAGACAAACUCAGUUUUUCUGUUUCCUGGACUGAACCCUGAUAAGAGUCUGACUAGUAUGUGGUUUAUCAAACUGAUGCUGUUUUCAGGACAGCUCAUAAAGUCAGCCGAUGUUCUCCAUCUCUUCUUCUCAGGCUUCUUUAUUUUCUGAUAUCCUUAUCAUCUUUCUUUGUCUUUUCUUCCUUUCUAUCAAACAGUUUUUAGUCAUUUUCUUUCUUUCUUUCUCUGUAUUUUUUCUUUUUCUGUCUUUUUUUUGGUAUUUUUUUUCCUUUCAUUUACAUAUUUUGUUGCUUUUUUCUAUUCUUUUUCAAUUCUUUAAAUUCUUUUACCUUCUUUCUCUUUCCUGACUUCAGUUCUUUCUUUCUUUCUUUCUUUCUUUUCUUACUUCAGUUCUUUCCUUUUCUUUCUUCCUUUUGUAUUUUUUCUUUUUCUGUCUUUCAUUUACUCAAUUUUAUCAUGUCUUUUUUUCAAACUCAUUUCUCUUUAUUUAUUUUUGUUUUUUUCCCCUUUAAUUUAUAUAUUUUGUUGCUUUUUUCAAUUCAUUUUCAAGUAUUUUAAUUCUUUGUUACUUUCUUUCUUUCCUUAUUCUGUUCUUUCUUUUUCUUUCUUUUUUCCUUUUUUCUUUCUUUUUCUGUCUUUCAUUUACUCCUUUUUAUCAUGUCUUUUUUCUAAGUCUUUUUUGUUCUUUUUUGUUCCUCUUAUUUACAUGUUUUGUUGCUUUUUUCAAAUCUUUUCAAACUCUUUUAAUUCUUUGUUACCUUCUUUCUUUCCUUACUUCAGUUCUUUCUUUCUUUCUUUCUUUCUUUCUUUCUUUCUUUUGUAUUUUUUCUUUUUCUGUGUUUCAUUUACCAAGUUUUAUCAUGUCUUUUUUCCAACUCCUUUUUAUGUCUUUUUUUCCUUUCACUUACGUAUUUUGUUCCUUUUUUCAAUCCUUUUAAUUCUUUGUGACUUUAUUUCUUUCCUUACUCUUAAUCUUUCUGUCUUUCUUUCUGUCCUUCUUAUACAUAUUUAGACAAAUCGUAUUAAAACAUAUAAUAAAACACAGAAACUUGAAGUGAUGUAUUGUAAUUUGCCGAUAUGGCCGAUACUACCUGAUAUCGGACUAUAAUUCAGAGUUAUUAGCAAAAAAGGCACAAGUAUCAUCCACAAGUGUCUCACAUUGACUUUGACAUAUCUUUAUUUUCAAGUCAAUAAGUUUUCAUAUUUGUUAAUGUCAGGAAACAUCGGCACCAAUAUCAGUAUAUCCUGAUAGGCCCAUAUUGGCCUGACUGAAAUAUUAGUUACGCUAGAAUUAAAAGGAACUGCUAGUCGCACACAGACAUCACUAUCAACAAAGAAACAGAUCAGCAAAUACUGAUAUAAAGUGGUGGUCCUAAAUCGGUAUAAGCCGAUAAUAGUACCCACUGUUAUAUCUGUCAAAUUGGGAUUGAAACAGGUGUAAAAUGGACACAUAUAUUAUCCUCAGCUCUGCUCUAACACGUCCAUCUCCGUCUCUUCCAGUGGACAUCAACUCAGCCCUGCCCCUGCGUCUCCCUCCAGCUGCCAUCCCCAUGGACCUGCGUGUGGACCAUCACCAGCAGCAGCAGCAGCUUUCCCCGCCCGGCCAGCAGUCCUCCGGCUCGCUGGGAGGAUCGGGCGGCGGGGGCGUGGUGGGGGCCUCUGUACGCGAGCAGCAGCUGCAGCAGGAGCUGCUGACCCUGAAGCAGAAGCAGCAGAUCCAGAGGCAGAUCCUCAUCGCAGAGUUUCAGCGGCAGCACGAGCAGCUGUCCCGCCAACAUGAGGCGCAGCUCCAGGAACACAUUAAGGUAAGAAGUUUAACAUUUUACAGGCAGUGCUUUGUGGACUGGAAGUGCUCUGAAAUCUGGCUGAUUUGGUACCAUCUUAAAAGUUAAGGAAUCAGAGCAUCAUUAUGUAUUUUGUGAAAACAGUGGCGCUACAUUUAGUGAAAUAACUCGUGAAAAAAGCGAGUAACCAGUAGAAGUAGGUGGCGCACUAGCAGGCUGAUUUAUUGUUGUCAGAAGUUACUGUUGGAUGAGCUCAACUGGCUCACAGAACUACAUAUGCAGAAGAAAGAGCUACGCAGCCGCACGAAAAUUGAACAUUGCUGACCCUUAAUUAAGUCUCAUGUAGCUGUAGUUACUAAUUAGUUUGAGAUUGAACAUUUUUAAUAGUUUUGAGUAGGGCCCGUCCGAUAUGGAAUUUUUGGGGCCGAUGCCGAUUGUUAGGGGGGAAAAAAAUCUGAAUACCGAUUAUUCUGCUGAUUUUUUACAUUUUUUAUAAAGUUAUAAAAAAUACAUAUAUACUGUAGAUAUCUAUAGAUAUACUAUGGGCUACUGCUCUUCACGCCGACAGGAAGACCGAAUAGGACCGGAAAAAGAAUUUUCAACUACCCCACCACCACCCCCAACUGCUGCCGAUUCUACUGUUACUGGCACGGCUAACAGUAGAGGGCUAACUCUAACUUUAGCAUGCAUAUUACAUGGUGCUUCACCGUUAACUCGGCGUGACCGAGACCAGCACAGCGGAGAACAUGGUGAAGUGGGUUGAACUGAAACUUGUUGACUUAUUGUGUAUUUCACAAACUGGUUUAUUUCCCGUUGAGGCGGACCACUCUCCUCUGUGCGUCCCUGAGCUGCCUGCUUCAGAUCCGUCUCUCUGCUGUGCUGUGAGGUAGUUAGUGGAUGAAGAUUGUCAUGAGGUUGCUGCGCCAUCUACAGGACAAGUUGGCGAACUUUUCAAAUGGCGUAACAUUUUCAAAGUGAAACCGAAUCUUAUUCUUCACAUUUUAUUUCUGAAAAUAGUGAAAAUUGGCGAGUUUUGGCCGAUAACUGAUUAGUCUCCAACGGGCUAAAAUUGGCCAAUUUAAUCGUCUCGCCGAUAAAUCGGUCGGGCCCUAGCUUUGAGCCUUACUCGCUUCAUAUAUUGGUACCAUUGUGUGUCAACAUAUCCUGUUUUUUUAUCAAGUGCAAUUCAAUUGGAAAAUAUUGGCUGCUUUCGCCGGUGUUUGUUGGAUGUUUGGGGUCUUGUGCAUCUUUUAGUAAGGCACUUUUUUAGAUGCUAAAAUAAGUUGGUUGUACUGUUGCAUCAACUACGCUAAUUGAUAUAAUUGAUUUAUUGCCCGGCCCUACAUGUAUUAAAAUAAACUGGGCCCUCUUUGCUGGUUUCCCUUACAUGCAACUUUAUUCUGAGUUACAUCACGGGAGAUAUUUCUUCCUCAGUCAUCACAGCACCUGAAAUGUUAAAGGAAAAGUGUAACACCUUUUCUCCAUCACCCCACUUACACCAUCUGUUUCUAACCUGCGCAUGUUUUUAAUGAGGAGAAGCCUUUUCAGCUUAACAUCUUUUUAGCCAGACUGUCUAAAUAUGUGAGAUGUGAGACAUGAUUCAGAGCCAAAAUCCUCUUUAAAUAAAUAUAUAUAUAUGAGCCUUUAGUUUUAAGUUUUACUCUGCUUAAUUUUUCCCUUUUGAAACUUACUUAAAAAGCACAUGUCCUUGUCGAAGAGAAAACAGCACCAUCAAUCAGCAGCGAUGUAAACAAAUAGAAAAUAAAGCCCCGCUGAGUCGUUACUCAAGUCCAAAUCCGAGAGGCAACAAUCCAAAAUCAAAGCGUCUGUUUAAUAAAACUUAGUGAAAGGAAGCAGAGGCAGCUCUUCAUUUAGUCUGCCACAGUUCUUCAUUAAGAGACUGCAGCAGCUCUGUCCGCUUUAAAGCACUCUGCUGCGAGGAAAGAGGGAGUGCACAACGAGAAGGCACUCUGGAUUCAUUUGCUUCAACUUCAGGGACGGGGGGGGAGCAGAGAUGGAGGGAUGUGCUCGGGAUUCAGACAGACUGAUGUAGCUCUGGUGGCGUGUUACAUAACCGAACCCUCCUGCUCCAGUCGAGUUACCGCCUCAGUGUCAAUACAAGCGUCUAAUAUUACAGAUCAGAUCCAAACAUGGAGGUAAUUCUAGCAGAUAUCUCUUUACAUGUACAGCAGAGUAGGACAUAUAAGAGACCGAGAGUUGAUAUUAUAGUGACCUGGAUAUACAGCGUGAAUCUAGAUCAACACGCCCACACUCCGAAGCUGUAAUACACCAGGGCCCCUCGAACGCACCACAAAGCUCCUGCAUGGCUGAAAUGUCACAUAAAAAUAUCCUGUUUGCUCUUUUUUUUUUUUUUCAGAGUAUUAAACCGUAACACGGAUUGUGAUUCGCACACGCGGCUGAGCGACUUUAUUUUUUCAGGACUCAGAAUGAAAAAGUCUAAAAAUGGAUUGUGGGGGCAGGAGAUUAGAUAGCAGCCAGCAGGAUUACAUUAGUUUGAAUGUAAGGAUUUUAAUUCCUCACGUGUGACUCUCUCUCACUCUUUUAUUCCUUUUUUUCGUCUCUUGUCUUUCUGUUUUCCUUCCUCUUUUUUCUAAACUGUCCUCCUGACACUUUCCUACUUCCUCUUUCAGUCUUUCUUGCCCUGUUUUCUUUCAGUUUCUGUUUUAUUUUUAUUUUUUUAUUUUACUUUCUUUUUAUUCUUGACUAUUUGUUUAAUUUUAUUUUUUUCUUUCUAUACCUUCUCCUGUCCUUUCGUCUCAUUUCCACCUACAUCGAUUUUCUUUAUAUAAAAUUAUUUUUUCCUCUUUUUUUCUUUUUCAAAAAAUUCCUUUUUUCUUUAUUUUUUUUACCUUUUUUUUUUUUUGUUUUUUUUCUUUUUUGGUUUUUCUUUUUUUUUCUUUUUUUUCUUGACUUUUUGUUUAAUUUCAUUUUUUUCUGUCUUUACCACCUCCCGUCUAUCUUCCUGUCCUUUUGUCUCAUUUUCCAUCAACAUUCAGUUUUAUUAUUUUCCUUUUUUUUCGUUUUCAAUAAUUUCCUUUUCUUCUAUUUUUGUUUUUUUCUCACAAUUUUUCUUUUUCUUUUUUUUCUUCAUUUUUUGUUUUUCUGUCUUUUCUUUUUUUUCUUGACUUUUUGUUUACUUUAAUUUUUUCUUUAUUUUUUUCUACCUCCUCCUGUCUAUCUUCCUAUUCUUUUGUCUCAUCUUCCAUCUACAUUCAGUUUUCUUUUGUUAAAUUCUUUUUUCCUGUUUUCAUUUUCAAUAAUUUCCUUUUUUCUUUUUUUUUCUUUCUUUUUUUUUUACCUUUUUUCUUUCUUUUCUUUUCUCUUUAUUCCUGACUUUUUGUUUACUUUCAUUUUUCUUUCUAUACCUCUUUUUUAUCGUUUUCAUUUCUUUCCUUUCUUCCUUUUUUGUUUUUCUGUCUUUUUUCUUCUUUACUUUUUUGUUUCCUUUCCAUUUCUUUCUGUCGGUCCUUUUCCCCCUUUUUUUCUUCACUUUUCUUCUGAUUUCAUUUUUAUUAUCCCUUCACUUUGUCACAGUUAAUUUCCUCUCUUGCAGAUUUUUCUCCUUCAUUCUUCUUUCCUUUCAUCAGUUUGUUCUUUUCUUCCUUUCUCACCUGUCACCUGUGUCUUCAUUUCUUUUACUUUCUGUCUCUUUCUUUUCUUUAUUAGUCUGUCUUCCACUUUUCUUUUUUCUAACAUCCUUCUCUCCUCUGUGGUUCUUCUUCUUCGUCUUCCUCUUCAUGCUGUUCCUCCAUUUGUCCUCCUUACCUGCGUUUUUUAAGUGUCCUUUCCUUUCUCCCUUUCUCCUUGUUUCUUUCCCUCCUCUUUUUUUUCCCUCCUCUCCCUCUUUAUUAUUUUGUCUCUCUCUCUCUUCAACAUCAUCUGCCCUUCAUAACAAACGUCCUAGCCCUCUGUGUCUCCUCUCUGAUUGGUCGAUAUUUGUUGCCAUGUGAUGACUGAUGCUGUCUGAGGGCCCGUCUGGCCUGUGGGGGGGCUGCAGGACCACUCAGGUGGAAAUGUGUGACGCACAGCCCGAGUGGGGAGGCCCGGCCUCAAUCAGCCCCAUUCACAGCUUCUCUACACACACACACGCACACACACACUCGAGCAUUAAAACCUACACAUCCUCUCAAAUGUCAGCAAACACACUCUCACAUCCUCGCCCACCUCGCUCCCACAUUAACACAGAAACAAAUACACGCUUCACCGUCUGCACACACACACAUACACACACACACAGUUCUCUCAUGCUGACAACAGGAAAGUCUCCUAAAGUGAGAACUAACCUGAACUCUCACAGCGUUCCUCGAAAAAAGGUGCAAAGAAAAGGAAAUUCAGCGCGUACAUCUCUGGUUUGCCGAGCCACACGGGGGUUCGCUGUGUGUUUUUGUGUGUGCAUAUGUGGGUGGGGUGGUUACUCUGAGCUUCCCACCCACUCAAUCCCUCAUCCCCGAUGUUGAAUGAAAGGCGGAAAGUGAUGCAGGAUACAGGGAUGGACUUGGGCCUUUCACACACAAGCUGAAAUCUUCCACCUUUUUGCUCUGAACUCUAAAUCUCUAUAACUUCAGGUCAGUUUGAUUCAAGUUUCCAUUAAAGGCGUGGUUGACGGUUUGAGAAGCAGUUGAAAAAAACUGAGUCGUUGAGGCAGAUUUGAAAAAGCGUCUCACUCCCCACACACAAACCUCUCCCCCUGAACCUGUAUCACCCUCCCCAUGACACAACCCCUCUGGCAGAGCAAGAAGCCGACCAGCAGAAGAUCCUACGCUAGCUUCAAAUAGGAUUCACCAUGUCGGAUUUCUAGCGACUAGCGGCAGAAAACUCCAGCUCUGCUAGCGGGCGCCGUCUGCAGCUGCCUGGACAGCUAACGUGUUGACAUUGCAGCGACUAGUAAGAGUUAUUUAUGUAACAUGUGACACGAUAAAAGGCGAUAAAAAUUACCUUUUUAACAAAAACUCUGCUGUCUCAGCGUCUGUUUUCAGGCCCAAAUCCUGGUGGAGCUUUCUCCACCGCUCGAAGGAUGACCCGAUGUUUAUUCCAGUUAGAUUCCUUUCUCCUGUCAGCUUGCGUUUCCUUCCCACUUUUGGCGUUGGAGCAAACAGAAGGGUUUUUUUGUGUCCUUCCCUAUCACAGCUCCUGUAGCUAAGCUGCUUCGCUACUUUUAGCCGCUCGGAGCUCUGAGGAUGGCCGGGAGAGUGGGAGGGGACGAGUCGGAACUACAGGAGAGGGGUGUGUCGAAUUCAGCGAGGUGAUUGGAUGGAGAGGCGGCGCAGGAGAUUGAUCAAUAGGAGCUGUCCGCGAUUUUUUUUUUGUAGGAUGGUAGCGAAAGGUCCCGCCCUCCUUCGCCUGUGAUUGGCUAGAAGUGCUGGGCUCCGAUUGGUGAUUCCUAAUGUCUGUGAAACGUCAUCGUCUGUCGGGUUAGGAGAUUCAGAAGUGCGAUAAUGUUCUGUUCGAUGUACAGAGCCGACAGCCCGCGUUUGGCUUUAGCUUGUAAUGACGUUUCCAGCUUUUCUAGCCAGUCAGAGGUGAAGGAGGCGGGACUUUACCCUAACGUCCUACAAAAAAAAUACGAGACAUUUUUUCCAUUCUUCUUUCUCUCGUAACUUUGUGGAGAUCGCACUAUAGGACCAUGAUCGCCAUAUAAAUGAGGUUCAUAAUAAUUACCAAUCUCUCCAAUCGUCGACCAUGCCUUCAGCUGUUACAAAGCAGGGUAGCCCUUCUCUCCCAUUGAAAGAUUGCGCACAUGCAGCGCUCUGCAAAGAUGGUAAAUGCAAAGACAGCGAUUUCAGCUGCAGUCAUGGCUUGUUUAUGCAGUUGGGUUGUCUCCCAGUUGUAGAUUUACAAACGUUUUUUUUUUUUUUGCUUUACUGUAGCCGAAAUCCUCCACAAACACAUUGUCAUAUUUCAGGAGCAUUAACGGAUGUUUGGGGCUUUAGAUUUUGGAGCUUUAGGUUCAAGGAGAGGAAGCUUUGAAGGAUUUGUGUGAAUUUUUAAGCCUUUAAUUGGCGCCUACAUCUCCAGUGACUCUCCCGACUUCCUGAGCUGGUCGGAGGACUCUUGAGGUGUUUCUAAGAAAAUUCUGCCUUUAUCGGAGCGUUGUUUUGACUUCCUGUUACAGAACAAACUGUCUAGUUUGUUCUUUCAACAUAUAAGCUCAAGGAGGACUUGUUUUCACAUCUGAGGCGAUUAACAGAUGUUCCUCUCCCGCCUUUCUAGAGAAAUGAGGAGGAGAGCAGAUUGUAUUAUGUGUCUUUAUGAAGCCUCAUCUGCAGUUAAUUUGUUUAUGUUUAUUUAAAGGCUGAAGCUUGUGGCCUGAGGUUUUUAGAGGCUUGCAAAGGUUUUAUUUUAUUGCUUCAAACAGAUGUCUUUAUUGAUUAUUUCAGUCGGCAAAUUAGGCAGAAGAGGCGAGGAAUGCGAAUAGAUCUGUGAAUGAGAAACCUUUGUUAUCAAAGCAGGUUGGAGACUUCUUACCAUUUUCACUCACACAUUCCUGUUUCGCCCUGCAGCAGCAACAGGAGCUCCUGGCGCUGAAGCACCAGCAGGAGCUGCUGGAGCACCAGAGGAAGAUGGAGAACCACCGUCUGGAGCAGGAGCUGGAGAAGCAGCAGAGGGAGCAGAAGCUGCAGCUGCUGAAGAACAAGGAGCGAGGACAGGAGAGUAAGUUACAGAUGCGAAACCUGUGGCUUCAGAUGACUCACGCGUCACUCACAAAGCGUAGAUCUGACAAGCUAGCGUAUCCCUCAGCGUAGAUAAAUCACACCAGAGCACAGACAAGAGCGAGUUCUCCUGGAGGUCUCGCCAUUUUUUCUUACACCAUCAAUGACGGCAUGUUUAGUCUCCUGGUUUUCUUGACAAUCAGACUUUGUCGGGAACAUCAGCAGGGGGUCUGACCUGCUUUAUAAGAACAUUUCAUUUGAAAUGCACCAAAGUUAAAAGAAGCUUUGAGAUCAGUGUAUGUCUCUUUGUGUGUCUGUGUGUGUGUGUGUGUGUGUGUGUUUCCAUUUUACUUGGAGAACCGGUGUAUUCACGGCGGUAAACGAGCUGUAUUAGCCGGUGGCCUUGGCGCAGGGGUAUGAGCCGAGCUAUUACCGCUGCCUGCUGGAUGUCUCUCAACAGUUCAUUGAAAGCCAGUGGACAGGAGUCCUUGAGAGCAGUUUACACACACUGUAUGGAAAGUGGUUACAGAGCGAGGCUGCAUCUGUGCCAGUCAAGUGUGUGUGUGUGUGUGUGUGUUUAAGAGACAGAUCAGGGUUGCUCGGCGUGUUUGCUCUCACGUGUACCUGCGCAAGUGUGGUUUGUGGUUAAUUUUCUCGGCGUUUUGCAUCGUUUUUACGUCUUUUUCCUGCAUUCUCGUUUCAAACUUCACAUAAAUAAUUCAUUAUUGGAUCAGGAACCAACUGCUGCCUCUAGUUAUUAAGUUUCCCUUUUAGUCUGCAGAGGAUUUCCCCAACCGAUUGAUUAACUCCUUGGUGUCCAAACAAAGCGGGACGGAUUAAAGUCCGUAUUCAAAGCUUUUAAAGAUCUUAUUUGGUCCACUUAAGCUUAGAUGAAGCAUAAAGGGUAAAUGCUAAUAUUUUCUGCCAUACCUACCUGAUUCAGUGCCACCCCAGUCAAAAAAUCUAGGUAUGCCCCUGCAUAGUCAAACAGGGAUUGAUGUUUCAGUCUUCAACAGGUGAAUCACGGUGAAAUGUUGGUAAAUUUCAAUCACACCAAGAGACAGAAGGAUCAGGUAGAUCGCUGAUUGUGCUGACUUUAUAGAUGGAAAUAAAAAUUGAAACAACAAGUGUCUGUUUCCCAUCAAUCACAGGAUAUCAUGUGGAAGAAGUAGUCAAAUCUAGAAGAAAUAAAUGCAUGGAUGACUUUUUAAUGUUGGCAGGAGAAAGAGAAGAUCUAGUUUUAGCUAACCGUCUUAACUGAGCAUGACAGCAAAACUCUGAUCACAUGGGCUUUUUUUCUGGACAGGACAGGACAUAAUAUAAGAAACACAUGAGCGGUACCAGGUUUUAAUGUGACAUACAGCUGUGUGUCAUCUGCAUAGCAGGGAAAGUCUAAACUUCCCCUUUUGCAGGAUUUGCAUGUAAGCAGUGAAUAAAAGGGGACCCAGGAUAGACCCCUGGGGGACUCCACCAGAUGAUCAUCACUAAGUUGUUCAACUUGUUAGACAAAGCAAAACUUUAAAGCAGCAAGCAUCUGUUAUUCCAGAGACAGAUUUUUGUAAUUACUCGCCUCUGCUCGAAGAUUAUAGUAUAAUUUAGCACACAAAGGAAGGGCAUCCUGGUGGGUUUAAGAUGCUUUAAAUGUAGACGCUAAGUCAUUAAAAACAUCUUAAAACUUGCUUCACUUCUUACUUCAUCUCCAUCUUUAGGUGCCGUGGCGAGUACUGAGGUGAAGAUGCGGCUCCAGGAGUUCGUCCUGAACAAGAAGAAGGCGCUCGCCCAGCGCAGCCUCAACCAAGGAGGCCUCCCUAACGACGCUCCGUACUGGUACCGGUGAGGAAACAGCAACUGGCAUUUGGAUGCAACUUUGCACUCGCUGACAGGUUUUUGCAUCAUAAAGAAAAGGAAAGAUUUUGUUGCAGAUAUGCGAACCCCAAUCUUAUGUAAUGAUUGUAAGCAGCAGAAUACAGUCGCAGCUCCCCGCAGAUGCUCAUGAGUUCGGACUGUAAUUUUCUUUCUCUGACAGCAGAUGAAUAAUGUAUUAGUUUGUGUCUCAAUCUGUCACCGAGCUUCCUCUCUUCCUCACCUGCCACACUGUAUGAGCCUGACUGAGCGACGGACCCGUCAGGGUUAUAAAACAAAGCCGGGGAAUACACCUGCACACUCACACUCGCAUGCAUGUGAGAGCAGGAUAUUGCAACCCGAUGAUAGGGGCUCUCACACCACAGACUCGACCUUGAAUGUUUAUUGUAGCAUCUCAGGUGCCUUUUUUUUUUUUUUUUUUUUUGCAGGUGUGCACAGUGUACACUUUGCAUGACUGGCAAACUACAGCAGUUAAUAUGCAAAUAAAAUGUGUCAGUCAAAUUUGUGUCAGUAAUAUGAUCAUCAGAAUCUGAUAAGUCUCAAAAUAAAGACACCUGGAUUUCAGGGUGGGAGAAAAAAAUUGAUAAAGCACGGUAUCACAAUAUUUUGUUUGGUGAUGUAUCGUAUCGUCUCAUUGACCAAGUGUCGAUUUUUUUCAAAUUAAUUGUUAAUAUGGAGUCAAAUGUAUGAUAAUGGAAAAAUAAAAUAAACUGUUUGUCCGGUGAGGUUGGCAGAGGACACAUCAUAGAGCAGAGAAAGUCAGAGCUACAAAUAUUCAUAAGGUUUACAAGAUGUGCUACAUGAAAAUAAAAUACUGUGUAAAUAAGACAAACAUAAAGGAAAGACAAACGCUAAAUUAGCUAAACAAUAGAAAAAAAAGACAUAAAUUGCGAUAUAUUGUAUUGCAAUACUCACUGUAUUACAGAAUAUUAAAAAUCACAAUAAUAUCAUGUUGUGUCCCAAGUAUCGCAGUAAUAACCUAUCAUGGCCCAAGUAUCACAAUGUAAAAUUUGUGCUACAUGAAAAUAAAAUACUGUGUAAAUAAGACAAUCAUAAAGGAAAGACAAAUGCUAAAUUAGCUAAACAGUUUAUAUAUUGUCUUGCAAUACCCACUGCAUUGCAAAAUGUUACAAAUCGCAAUAAUCUCAUGUCGUUGCCCAAGUAUCAUGAUAAUAUCAUGUCUUUGCCCAAGGACUGCAAAAAUAUUGUAUUGUGGCCCAAGCAUCGCAAUAACAACAUAUCGUGGCCCAAGUAUUGCAAUAAUAUUGUAUCGUGACCCAAGUAUCGCAAUACUAUCGUAUCAUGGCCCAAAUAUCAUGAUAAUAUCGUGCCGUUGCCCAAGGACUGCAAAAAUAUUGUAUUGUGGCCCAAGUAUCGGGAUAAUAUCGUAUCGUGUCCCAAGUAUCGCAAUGAUAUUGUAUCGUGACCCAAGUGUCGUGAUAAUAUCGUAUCGUGGCCCAAGUAUUGUGGCCCAAGUAUUGCAAUAAUACCAUAUCGUGGCCCAAGUAUUGUGAUAAUAUCAUAUCAUGGGGCCACUAGUGAUUCCCACCCCUACCUGGAUUAGAUCGUCUGUUGUUACCUCUUAAUGUAUUUACACUUCCUUUGGCACGUCCCACCUGUUGAUGCAGAUUAGGAAGUUUAUUUUGCACUAUAAAAGCUCUUAAACCCUCAAAUGCAAAUACACAACAUUACAUAAUGUUAAUGUGUAAUAAAACCACCCACAGGACUUUCUACAGCUCAGACUCUCUUCCUGGCUGCACUCCUCAACACCCCUCGCUCCUAGAUGUAAAUGUUCUCCUCUCGUUGGACUGAGUGUUUCCAUCCACUAGUUAGAAACAUGCCUUUGGUCCGGCGCCAGCUGAGCUUAACUUUGCCUGCAAACUCCACCUUAUUCUGUAGGCAGUGAGCAGAUGGCAGCACAUGUCUGCAGGUCUUGCCAAGGGAUUUAAAAGAUGUGUUAAUCAUACAGAUAUCUGACAGCCAUGAAGUUAGUUACACUGUGAGGAUUACUCUUUCAGUCACUCGUUUUGUCGCCCUUGUUAGCAUAACGCUGUUAUCUUUGUGUGUUUUUGUUCCACAGCAAAACCCAGCACAGCUCUCUGGACCAGAGCUCGCCUCCACAGACUGGCGUGUCCACCUACAACCACCCUGUGCUGGGUGUCUACAACCCCCGUGAUGACUUCCCACUGCGAAAAACUGGUACAUCGCACACGCAUACACACUUACACAUGAGUUUUGGCAUCGCAGAGCCGUCUGUUUGCUUCAAAAUCACACAUUAAACAGCGACUCUUUCGCCCAAUUCGCCCGUAUGCAGCCUCACGUCCAGCAUAAUUUAGAUCAGGCAUCAGGGCCCUGCACCAUUAAUCACAUCCACAUUAGGCUGUCAGGGUCUCCCAGCAUCCCCCACAUGAGAGUCUUUGAGAGAGUAGAAGCGUAGGUGGUUCAAGAGUUCAAUAGAGGGAGAGUUCAAUAGAGUGAGAGAGGUUUUUACUCUUUUAGAAGCUGACAUUUCAUUGGGUUUUUAAGAGUUCUUUAUCUUGGGGGUUGUUUUAAAUCAAACACUGUCGGGCAAAGUCUUAACAAGCUUGAUCUCCACCCUGACGGCAAUCACAGCUACACAUUUAAAUCAAAAUUUAUGUCACCGGCUGAGAGGUUUUACACCUUUUUUUUUCCAAAGCCCUUUAAGUUUGAAGCAGAUAAAAGCUGUAGGUGUUUUUCAGGCUCUUAUUUUCUGUGAUGAUUGCUCAUUAAAACCUGCUUCCUCUCUUGGAUACUAUUUUAGGAGGUUUUCAUCUGGGACUGUCUUCUCUAGUAAUGCAACAAUUACUUUUGGGGUUCCCCAGGGCUCUAUUCUUGGUCCUUUAUUGUUUUCUGCCCGUUUAAUAGCUCUGGGUCAGGUAAUUCACAACUGCGAUAUUUCUUUACUCUGUUAAGCCCAUAAAGCUCGCACAUUAAAACCCAUCAGACCACUUCUCUGUCGACUCGAAGGCUGGAGGAGUCCAAAUUUUGGAUGCUGGUGAAAACCUCUGAGCUUCUUCGAGGUUUUAGAUUUUUCUGCAGUCAGUUUAGUAAAUGUUUGCCUCAUAGCAGUUGAAGUAUGGAGAGGUUAGGGCUGGGUGAUAAACCAAAAAUUUACCAAAACUGAAAUUUAGGACCAUAACCGACGUCAUUUUUAGGGCUGCAACUAACAAUUAUUUUGAUAAUCGAUUAAUCUGCCGACUAUUUUAAUAACUAAUCGAUUAAUCGGAUAAACAGGCUAAAUUCAUCAAUGCAGCUGUUAAUAGCAAUAGCAUAGGGCUUUAGUUUAUCAUAUGAGUUUAUCUGCCAUGAGGUGUUGAGGUCUCUGCAUGUGUCGGUUACUGACUUACUGUAAUCAUCGGGUCUUUCUCGUCCUUAUAAAAACCUGCUCUAUUUCGGCGAGUGUCUGUCUUCUUCUGUAGUCAAACCGCAAGAUAUCAAAAGCUACCCGGAUACAGCAAUGCUGCUUUUUGAUUGGCUGUUCAGUAGAUAUACUUUAUUUGAUUGGCUUGUGCGUGGCACGCAGCUUCUGAACUCUCGGAGGAACUCAGUUGAUUUCCCCCAGUUCCAAAGUUGAAGAAGUGCAACUUGGUGGACAUCACCGUGUUCAUUUAAAUGCGUGAGAAAUACAAUGUGUGGUGUGUGAGCGUGUGAACGAGUGGGAAUGCGUGUGUCAUACGCUGAAUGCGUGAGACUUGAGAGCCCUGUGCUCACGCAUCAUCGAUGUACUCCCGAGCCAUGCAAAACGGUCUUUGCAAAUGUUGCACCGAACGCCUUCCUUUUCAGUCUUGGUGAAGUUUUCCCACACCACUGAUGUUUUAGGUCGGGAUUUGGGUUGGGUUGUGUCCAUGUUUUUCUCAGCCGCUGCCUCGGCCAUGGCUGUUUCUUUUCUGUGCGUCCUGCUGAUGUUUACACGCCGGUGUCCAUGGACAUAUAUAAAGACCCGACGAAUCGAUUACAGAAUUAGUUGGCAACGAAUUUUUUCGUCACGACGAAUCGACUUAAUCGAUUCAUUGUUACAGCCUUAGUCAUUUUGCCCAUGCCAUGUCGGUUUGGUGUCAAAAAAUACAUAAAUAAAAGUUGGUUUUGGAUGUGUGAAGGUAGGCUAUGGUCUCAUGUCCCUUUAGACGUGACUCCACCCCAUCCAGUCUGUAACAAAGGACGGUGGAGGACGGUUCAAAAGUUGUAGCAGCUGAAGUAGACAGAGUUAAUGUGGGAGGGGGUGAGCAGCUUGUGGAGGAGUUAUCGUCCAUUUAUCGUUAUCGAGGUGAGCUGGUCAAUAUAUUGUGAUAUUGAUUUUAGGCCAUAUCGCCCAGCCCUAGUAGAGAUUAAUCUCUGCGAUUUGAGGUUCAACGAUGUCAUUUCUGAUUGUUUUGUGUAGCAGGAAGUUGAGCUUGUGAGUAGAUGGCGAACAUGAGAAACAGAGCGUCGUUAAAGUGUGAUUCAAUUCAGCUUCGCUUUCACUUUUACUGUUAUAUUACUCUCAUUUAUCUUAAUAGUGGAGGUGCGAUUGAUCUCAGAAGAUAAGUGCUGUUUUUAAACGCAGGCUGUUGACCCUUGACCCCAAUAAAAAGUGCGGUAAACGCUUUUAAACUUGAAACUCAAGAGCUGAUCGACUGAAACCUACGAUCCAACAUUUCCAGGCUUCUCCUCUCAAAGCACAGAAGCCUCCGCAGAGCAAAAGCAGCUGUUUGCACUCGCUUUUUUGUCAGUUGUGUGUCUGUGUACAGCUCGGUAUGUGUGUGCAAAGUGCCCGGCGGUGUGUGCGGCGGUGUAGCUGUGAAGCAGCGGUCGUCUUACAGUGCAAUUAUUCACUUAGCGCGGCGGCAGGAGGCUACGGCCAGCGCUGCAGCCCUGUUGACUCUGAGCCUCGGGGCUGCUGGCUACAACAGCAGAGAGACCACAGUUGACACUGGCCCACACAGCCACAUUCCUCCCUGCGAGAGAAGAAACAGAGGAGAGGAGGAAGAGGAGAGAGCAGGAAGCAUGGAAGAUGGAGGAGGAGCGGUGAUCAGAAAGACGCCGACCUCGAGACGUUAUUUUUCCUGGAAAGCGAACCACUGAGGCGAAGGAUGAAGGGAAUGAUAUCGUUUAAAGACAGGGCAGGAGAGGAUGAUAAGACAGAGCAUGGAAGCUGACAUCGAGAUGGCGAAGAUGGCGAGGAGUCGAAAGAUCAUCCCUGGAGCGUUCUUUGAUUUCUAUAAGGCGAAGGAUUGUGCUCAGCUGCCGGAGAAGAGAGGAGAGGACCUGUGCCACCCUGAUAUUUGCCCACAGCGAUGACGUGUUUCGGGGGGUUUACUUAUGGUAAUGGCAGCUCUGGGAGGUUAGAGGCUCUUUUAUUUCACCGCCUGGCCAUAAAGUAGAGGACUGGCACCCCUGGCUCCCGGCGACAGUCGAAAGCAGGAACAGCGCUCUUUUGUACGAGUACGACUAAAAACUUUAUCGUAGAAAAUAGUCGCGUGACGUCUGAGUCUGGGCCAAAGCUUCUAAAGUCAUGAGCUCGUCUUGCAUUUGGCGCAGUUGAGGGAUGAGAGCGUCACAUGAACUUCCAAACGCCUGUGCUCACUUUCACAUGAAUGCCUCAGACUGGGUGGGAAAGUUGGAGGCACCCCGACUCAUUGUGCCCGUUUGAUCGGCGCAGAGGAAGGCAUGCCGGUCCUGUCUUUUCACUGGUGGAGGUUUUUUUUCUUUUUUCCUCCACAGCCUAACUGGGGCAGCCCAUCCUUCACAUGAGUACACUAGCACAAACGCUGACUGCUACUGUAUGGAGCAUGGCGUCGUCUGAAGAGGAGACCGAAUAGCUCUCCCAUUAUCACAACGCAACAAACAGCAGUCUGAAUGUAGGAUGUCACCCGCUGAAUACACAGCCUUUCACCUCUGCAGUGAGGCCCAUUCUAACCGGGUGACAAUGCUUCAUCUGUGUAUUGAUAUCAUGCGUGAGCGCCUAUACGCGCAAGCUCCCCCAGUGCCUCUCGUUUGUGAGUAUCACCUCAUUUCUCGGUCGUAUCUUUGUUGAAACCUCUACACUAAGAGAGUUCAUGUGGCUGAUGACGGUCUUUUUAACUCUUCGAACAGAUGUUGUUCUCAGAUCCAUGGCGAUCAAAACCAGUUCCUUUUUCUGAGUAACUUCCUACUGAAAGUGAAACUGAGACCAGAUGAGUCGUCGCUACUCUAGAGGAUGUAAUGAAACAAGAAACGGAGGAAAGAGGAAGAACUUUGAGUGAAUCUCAGGACUGUAGAUUAACUUUUUUUGGGUGUUAUACUUCUGAGUAACUUCCUACCAGUGGCGAUUGCUCUAAGACUGCAAGGGAAGCUCGGCUUCCCUUAAAAUGUCACCCCCCCAAAAAAAAGAAAAAGUGGUGAAAUACGUACGGCUGUGUGUACAUUUCAUUAUCAUCUCAUCUUUUGUUCAGACACUGUGAUAAGAAGCUGAUAAUUAUAGGUAACCAGCAUAACUUUGUUCUCAUUCAUCCUUGCAGCGCCUCAGCGCUUCAAACAGUCGGACGCUGGGCUUCUGCUGACUUCAAUGUGGAAGCUUAAAGUGGGUUGUUCCAGCAGCGAAACUAGACGCUCAUUGGAUAAAUGCUGGGCUUUGUCCCGCCCAAUGGAAGCUAAGCUUCACUGGAGUUCUAUGGCGAGAGGGCGGUCCCGACUUUCUCCCGGACUCCGAGCUUCUGCAUCCAUGAUUGGAUGAGCUGUCUGAGGCGAAAUCCUUUUUUGAUUGACAGCUAAACAAGCGAAUCAGUGAUCUUGAAGAAUAAAACAUCUACCAGAGCAUUUUCCAAGUUAUUCAUUCCGUUGUUCUUAACUGCUCCGGAGACUUUACCGAUCCUCAGCGACUUUUGUCUUUGUUAAAAACGACUGCCGUUGUGUUUGGCAACUCUGUUCUGUUACAUACUAAUAAACAAAUACAAUUAUGAUGUAGGCCAGAAAAAAUGAGCUUCCCCUCCUUGAAAGACCAGCAGCCGCCACUGCUUCCUACUAAUAAUGAAACUGAGACCCAGUUGAAACAAACGGACAUUUAAGUCUCUGCGGAUGUAAACGACCAAGACUAGCGAUGCGUCGAUCGGAUAAUUGGAUCGGAAAUCAGCUCCGAUAUUGACAAAUUAAGUGGAUCGGAUAUCUGAUGAAUGACGCCGAUCCAGUCUUUUUUUCUUUUAAUUAAUAUCAAACACAGCGAUUCUGUUCGCUUUAUAUUCUAUGUUAGUCUAUCUUUAUGCACUAAAUGUUUACAUGGAAGUCUUACUUAUUUUUGCUGUGUGCUAAUGUGCGAUUUGUUAUUUCUUGAUCAAUAAUAAGAAGUAAAUUUAUAUCUGUGUUAAUUUGUUACUUUUUUGUUGACAUAUCGGCCGAUACUCUCAGCCCAGGUAUCGGUAUCGGUAUCGGAUCGGAAAAAAAUGGAUCGGUGCAUCUCUAACUGAGACACGACCACAUUUCUGUUUCAGACGAAAAAAGGAAGUCUUGUUUUUUGAAGUUGCUUUAUGCUAACUGAUGGCGUCACUGGAAUUGAAUUCAUGUGUAGAAUCAAUUGAAAGUUCGGUGAGGCUAAUGACUCAAAUAAAAGGCUCUCCGUCAAACUUGAAGCUGAAGUUUUGGUUCGUAGUGCAGUGGCUUUCUGUCAGUUUUGAAACUUACGUCGACCGACUUUUAGAGGGAAAUAUCCCCCAAAAUCUGAACCUGUGGUAACUUUACUUGCAGAAGACGUCCAAUCAGGUCUUGACGCCACUUUGGCACCAUGUAGUCGACCUUGUUGGACCAGUUGUUUUGGGCAAAUUUUGCCUUUUAUUGAUCGUACAGACUGAAAUGUAGGAAGAUAGAGAGAGAGAGAGAGUGGGGAGGACAUUCAGGACUUGAACCCGUGACCGUGGUCCCUAUACAUGGGGCGCUAACCCACUCGGCCAUCUGUGCGCUCCCUGGACCGAGCUGAAUCUUAAACAUUAUUCUGAUCGUCUUUGAAUAAAUUAAGUUUUUGGUCCGUGAACCUCAGAAGUCGUUGAUUUAAUUCGCUCAACUAAAUCCCGCUUACAUCACUUGGCUUGACUCCAACCGGCCCGAGUGUUUCCUCCCACUUUGAGCUGUUGAAGUUUCACACUUCUAAGUUCACACUUUUAUUUUGAUCCCACACCGUGAAUGAAACCAUGUUUGUUUGUUUGUUUGUUUGUUUAUUUGUUUGGUGAAUGUUUCCUGAAAGGAUUUUCCAGGUAAACUUGCUUCCAUGAAAAGUCGUAUUUAAUUAUCCUCGCCAUCUGUUUAAAGCUAGAAAAAUAGUAGCGGAUUAAUCCGGUUGUGUCAUAAUCAGGGUUCGCGGUGCACCUCUAAGGCCUCCUUUGGUAAUUAAAAACUGGAUAAUGAAUGGUGAAAUUAUCCGGGGCAGCUGAGUGGCAGGGCAAAGUAAACAAAGCGUUAGCCUCCGCGGCCGGAGCCAAGGUGACAUGCCGUUCCCUUCUCUCUGUCUCCAUUCACAAGUUGGUCACAGGGCUCACAAAAGACCCGGGGGCCUGUAGGCAUUCAGACAUGGCUCCCAAAUUGAAGCUAAUUGCUCUUUAGCUGCUAUGUUGUUGGGAAAGUUGAUCAGAUUCUGGCAAGUUCAGAAAGCAUCCAAACAGAAGGGAGGACUCGCACAAUAAAGGAACAGCGGCGCGUACCAAUAUGUCGAGCAAACAGGUUUUAUAACAGAGAGGCUCCAUGACAGAUCGAUGUGUGGAGCUCCAAGUUUAAGCUGAAAGCCUGUGAGACUGGAGCUCAGGUAACUCUCCCACCCUUUGGAUUGAUUCGUCCAAAGCUGCAAAGUUUUCUGUUUAACAUCAAGGAGGCUUGAGAAGGACGAUAGAAAGACACCAAAAACAGAUGGAGAGUAAAUUAUUUAGCAACUUACAACGAGAACCAAUAAGGCGUCUUUGUAACCUGUACAAUAGAGAACCAGACUUCCUGAAGAACAGUCAAUUCGUCUGACUACUCCAAGCUUUACGCGCUCGAGGUCAGUCACGAGAUCAAAAUCAGGAUUAUUGUGAAUGACAGAAGCUGUUUGAGAAAAGAUGUGUUCUCAGAAAGCGAUCGUUUUUGAUGCUUUCGUUUGGAGAUUCUGUCUAGCCCCCUCAAAGCAGAGAAUACAGCGUCCAUGGUUUCCAAGAAGAGUGUCAGAUAUCACAUGUAGAGGCUUAAUAAGCAUGUGUUGAUACAAAUCCCCAUCAAAGCAGAGGAUAGAGUGUCCAAGAUUUCCAAAAGAGCGACCACAGGCCUUCUCCUUUGUCCCUUUUAAAUGAACCCGGGUCCAGAGAAGUCAUCAGCAUAUCUGGUUUUUGUUUAGCGGAGGAUACAGCCUCCAUGAUUUCCAAAAAGAGUGUCAGAUAUUGAUUUGUCAGGCAUAUGUGAAUCCCCAAAGCAUCACAUGUAGUGGCUUAUUAAGUCCUGAUCAAAGCAGAUGAUACAGCGUCAAAUUUUGGUUGAUAGGACCACAUGACCUCUCCUCUGUCCAUUUUAAAUAGACCCAGGUCCGAAGAAGUCAUCAGCAUAUCUGAUAUUUGUUUAGUGGAGGAUACAGCGUCCAUUAUUUCCAAAAAUCAUGGUUUGGAAAUCAGGGAUGGUUGGAAACAAAUAUGCCUUCAAAGAUGUCAAAGGCAGUGAUGAAGCUACACAGGGACCCAUGAUAAUCAGACAAACGCCACGUAAUGAAAAUCACGUAAACAUGUUUGGUCGUGUCUGUCUGUCAGCCUCCGAGCCGAACCUGAAGCUGCGCUCCCGGCUGAAGCAGAAGGUGAGCGAGCGGAGGAGCAGCCCGCUGCUGCGUCGCCGAGACAGCCCCAUCACCACCGCCAAGAAACGCUCGCUCGACAUGGCAGGUGAGGAGGGGGGGGGCGACUCAGACACACGAGGAGUUUUUAUUCUUCAAAAAACUUCUCUUCUUUGUGAACUUAAUUUUUUGAUGCGUUUGUUUCAGAUUCUGCGUGCAGCAGCGCCCCCGGCUCAGGACCGAGCUCCCCGAAUAACAGCUCCAACAACAUCCCCAACGAGAACGGCAUCACCGUGUCGCUCUCCAACAACACUGAGGUAACGCACACUUUGAAAGUUCAGGUCGAACCAGAACUUGAGAGGGUUUGCUUUUUUUUAACUCCGGUAGAAACUUUAAGCAGCAGCUGAUUGGCCGGAUUCUGAUUCAUGCCUCUUCUAUAGAGAAUAAAGCAGAUGUGAAGCGGUUUUCUGAUGAUUCGAAGCACUCAGGAAACAUCGAAAUCAUGUCCUAAUUUUUGUAUAAUGGACCAAAACAUGAGCCUCAGUUCAGAAGCCUCGGUUUUGAAAUGAACACUCGUGAAAAGAAAGCAGAAAAAGUACACAGUGAGGCACUUGUAGAGAAUCCACUUAAGGCGGAAUUAUAAACAAAUUAUGCAUCUUUUUGCUGCAGCUUUAUUAGCUUUUAAACAUAGCAGCCUGUAGCAUCUUCAGAGGCUCUGAGUGAGGCAUGAUGGGUCUGCAGAGGAGGGAGACAGCCGAGGAGCUGGCAAGGAGCUAUUUGUGGCAGCCAUUAGGAGCACUCAGGCAGUGUGGAGGAGGCUUGUCGCCGUGACGAUUUCAUAUCGCCGGUAGCUCUCUCCUCAUGUGCGGACAUCUACUGCUGCAGUGCUGUUCCCCCUCUUCAUGAUGCAAACAUGAAUAAAUCAUUUAAAUGUGCUUCCCAGGCGUCUCUGGCCCAGAGGCUGUGCAGCGGUGCCGAGCGGGGCUCCGUUAACCAGCUGUCUCUCUACACUUCGCCAUCCUUACCCAACAUCACCCUGGGGCUGCCCGCCACUGCCACGGCUACGGCUGCUUCGAAUGUGAGGAGGAGAACCGCCUACUAGGCUAGAAUCGCUAACAGACUCCAUGUGCAUCUGUUUAUCUUCAAAUCCUGUGAGCAUUUACCCAAAACCACCUCCUCUGCCUCCUCUCUUCUCCUCGUUUUUCUCCUGUCCUCUUAGGUGACCUCAGCUCAGCAGGAUGGAGGUCUGCAGCCGGCCCUCUCCCUCAGCCCGCCUUUCCUCUCCGGUGGCCACCUGACCCCUUACCUGGCGGAGGCAGGAGCGGGAACAGGCGGGCACGGGGCGCACAGUCCACUGCUCCAACACAUGGUGCUGAUGGAGCAGAGUCCGGCGCAGAGCCCCCUGGUGACAGGUAGGAGCGGUUUUACAGCGAGAGCUCAUCAUUAACCUUCCAGACCUGGGAGAGCUUCAAAAAGUUGCUCCGGUUCGGUGCAAACUUCAAUCAAAUUAGUGACGAAAAUCAGCCUGACAAGAAGUUGGAGUAUGAGUCAGUUUUUUCCCUGACGCUGUCAAAGAAAAAGCUGGAUGUGUGUCCCCUGAGUGCCCCUCACGCUGACAGACGUCCAUUCAUUUGCUCAUACUAAUGAGCCCCUUUCAUAUAGCGUACGCAGUGAAAGUGUGACAUGGUAGCAUUGUGCGCCCUUUCCCAUCGCCUCAUUCAUUGACUACCAUUCGGUUAUUUCCAGCGGGGCAACGGCAGUGAAUGGGCGAUGACGCAAAUACAGUCGCAUGUACGUGUGCAUGCGUGCGAACACACACAAGAAGAAGAAGAGGAGCGAAUGGAGUCGUUUGUUUCUCGGCUCAGUCAAAAAAGAGCGCCGCCAUGUCCGAGCGCUUUUCUUUUCCCCCCUGCUCGUCUUUAUGGCGGCUCUCUGUCAGCAAAAAAAAAAAAAAGAAAACAAUUUACAAAACGCUCAAGCGAUGGAGUCGUUUUCACGGCAAUCAAAAGUCUCGGAUUGUUUCUCAGUCUGCUCUUCUCGCUGUUAACGCACGAAGCUGCUCACUUUCCCCAGCUCGUAUCAUCACAAUAGAAGGACGGCAGUAUGGCAGCACAGAUGGCGGUUUUUAUUUGGUUCACAAAUACAUCUGCUGGCUAAUCUUAGGUCCAACACUCCCUUAGAUCAAAACAAGAAUCUGUCUUAUUGUCUUUUAAGAAUUUAGCGUGAAGUGUCGUCUGUGCCGCUCACUCAGAGGGCAGGGUCUUCCUCGGUGUGUCUGAUGUUUGAUUCUCAUCAGGUUGUAAACCAGCUGCUUUACAGCUUCUCCUCUUCUUACGUACACAAACACAGCACGCUUCUCCUCUAAACGAUUUGCUUUUGCUUCUGAUCCUCACUGGAAAUGUCACAUUUGGUUUGAGUGGCGGCAAAAGGAGGCGUCCAAGACAAAAACAAGCAUUUACUGGAGCUAAAAGUUGAAUUUAUCGCCCUAAAACUCGAUAUCUCGUCAAAUUAGACGUAAAGAUGUCCGUUGUUUUUCAUGGUGAUUGUGAAAUAUUGAAGCUCUUGUAUGGAGUUUUUUCACAAACAUGCUGUCAUUUAAAUCAAUAUCUCCAUUUGACCCUCAAAACCUCUGACAGAAAGCCGGACUGUUUUUUUAAAGGGAUAUUCCGGCAUGAAAUUAAUUUAGGCUCAAACACACCAUAGCGCCGUGUUAGGCACCCCGUUGAGGGAUGUAUGUUGCCGACCUCUUGCUUCUCUAGUUAUACCAACUUCAGUGACAACAGCUCGAUAGCAAUAUACAGCGAUCUGAGUCGUAAACAAACUUCAACCAAAACGCCACUCUAUAGUCACCAAUAAUGCUCAGAACAGCACCUAACUUCAUCAACAGUACAUACAGGGUUCCAGCCAUAGUACUAGACACCAAACAUCUUUUUAACUUAACUUAAUUUCUUUAGCAAAGAGACUAAACACAACUCACCUACUCUCUUCCAGCAGCUGUUUGUUGUAGUGAGACCUCAGGCCAGUCCAUUAUGAACUACAGCGGAGUUUCGCAGCUCAAGGAAGAACAUUUAUGAUCAUUUCUUUAUCAUUUCUUUGAAGUGAUUAUCAUCAUCUCGGUCUGAUUCCAUUUCCAUGAAAAAAUGAUCAUAAAUGUUCUUCCUUGAGCUGCGAAACUCCGCUGUAGCCCAUAAUGGACUGGCCUGAGGUCUCGCUACAAAUAAGCGGCUGCUGGAAGAGAGUUUUGAUUGAGGUUUGUUUAUGACUCCUCAGACCGCUGUGUAUCACUAUCCUGCGGUCGUUACUAAAGUUGGUUUAACUGGAGAAGCAAGCGAUCGGCAACAUUCAGCUUUAGAGGGGGUGUCUAACUCUGUGUAAAGUGUGUUUGACCCUAAAUGAAUUUUACGCUGGAAUAGCCCUUUAAACAGAGUACCCACUGGGGAGGAGUAGGUAUCAGUCAACCACCACAACAGUCUGAUUAGUUUCAUUUUUGAGUGUUAAAACGCCAUUUUCAUAAGAAUCAAGAGGUUCUGCUUUUUCCACUAGAGGGCGCCCAAAUCAUCACAAACUGAAUGUCCUUUAACUUGGUAACCACUCCUCAAUAUUUUCUGUCCAAGGGGUGAGCGGCCUGUCCAUGUCUCCGGCAGCCUCCAUGGCCAAGCUGCAGCGGCAGCACCGGCCCCUCGGACGGACUCAAUCGGCGCCUCUGCCCCAGGGUAGCGCGGCGCAGGCUCAUGCCCAGGCGUUGGCCCUGCAGCAGCUGGUGGUGCAGCAGCAGCACCAGCAGUUCCUGGAGAAGCACAAGCAGCAGUUCCAGCAGCAGCAGCUCCACCUCAACAAAGUGAGUUUCUGUCGUUGUCGUCUUUUUAGGGCCUGUUUACACCUGGCAUUAGCUUGCAAUGUCGACUAUCAUACCCGUAUUGUAAACUCUGUUAGUUACUUGAAUUUAGUAGUCUUUCACUUUCUGACAGCUUACCUGAUUCCACUUUGUGGCUUUACGACCGGGUCGCUCAUUUCAUGUGUCAGUGUAAACAGGCCCUUUGCUGUCGUUACACAACAGGGAAGCAGGUGGUAGAAGACGCCACAAAUCUGACAUCACAUUCAAAUGAAGUGGUAAUUAUUUAGGAUUAAAAGUCAGUGUGGAGCAGCACAGGAGAGCUGUAGUGUGUUUGUUUGUGUGGGCAGUAACAGCCGAUAACGUGCGAGCUGUGAGUGUGUGAAGUCCUCGAUUUUUCAUCUCCUAUCUGUAGUAUUUUUGUUUGGUAAGUAGGCGGAGGCAGGUAUGGGUUAACAUGUACAUCAGAGUGUGUGAGUGUGUCUGUUUGUGAGUGAAUCUUUGCAUCCAAGUUUCUGUGACUGUGGCCGAGGUAACUGCACGCUGCCAUGGCAACAGAGCGGAAGCCUCCUGCCUUAUAUGGUCAGGGAGGAAGCGAGCAGCCGCUUUACCUAUUCGAGCCGAGCUCUCGCUGGAGAAGAGGUGGGUGGAUGAAACAAGGGAUUUCCUCUCCACCACCUCCUCCUCCCUCCUUCUCCUCUCCUGCCUCCCCCCUGGCUCUGCUCCCCUCUCUCUUUCUCUCUUUUUCUCUCUCUCCCUCCAUAUGUUUCAGAGCUCUCCAGUGGCAGCUCUUCACACAAACAUCUCUAUAACAGCCUCUGGCACGCCAAGGAUGAAUUCUGCAGGAUAAAAAUGAAAAGCUCCUCUUUGGACACUGUUUUAUUCUGUGAAAUUAAUCCAAUAACACGAUGGUGAAGGAUUAUUUUGGCUCAAUUUAAUUGUUUUAAUCUUUAUAAUAUUAUGUUUAAUGGUUUCAAUUAAGUGCAGCUCAGUGGGCUAACGGUACACCGGUGGAAUAUUUAAAGAAACACCUCUAUUUCACAGCGCGUCGCCUCUGUUUUCAUGCCUGUUUACCCUAACCUAGCUUAGCACUGAGAUAAGUGACUGUUUGUUGUUGAAAUAAAUCUGCGUAUCAUCUUGAAUUCUCAGGAUAACUGUACUAACUGUUACUGCUUAUUUAUUAACAUGAGAGCGAUGAUGUAUAGUGAGCAGGUUGUAAAAGCAGACAAUUAUCCAGCUGCGUUCAACAGUUGAUUCUGAUUGGUCCAAACUUAAAAUCUAAAAGAGGGGCAAGAUGAGUCCUGCUCACCCUGUCGGGACUCUGAUUUGGAAGGUACCUGCUCACUAUACUUUACCACUUUAAUAUCAAAGUACUGAUCAGCCUGUUGGGGUAACAAGUAAUGGAUUACACAUAGUGAGGAGGUGUUGGUGCGUUAUGAACCCUGAGAGGGUGAGCAGGACUUUGAGCCAAAGGAGGGCCAACUAGACGGUUUCUGAUCUGCGUUGACUACCUGCUCGGAAUACAUUAUCCGACUUAUUUCACUGCUACUUACUUCAUUUAUAACAAGUUUGGCAUAAAAUGUUGAUUUGAAUGUGAUUAAAUUGAUUUCUAUAGUCAUCCUGUUGACUUCAGCGGCGUGUUGCUACAAAAGGGAUGAUGUAUAGUGAGCAGGUUGUUUUGAGCAGACAAUUAUCCAGCUGCGUUCAACACUUGAUUCUGAUUUGUCCAAACUUAAAAGCCAAAAGACGGGGCCUUCGGGGCAAGAUGAGCGUUGGGACUCUGAUUUGAAAGGUACCUGCUCACUAUACAUUCACUCUGACAUCAUCAGGGUCCUGCUCACCCUGUAGGCGUUCUGCUCACUAUACUUUACCCCUUUAAUAUCAAAGUACUGAUCAGCCUGUUGGGGUAACAAGUAAUCGAUUACACAUAGUGAGGAGGUGUUUGUGCGUUAUGAACCCUGAGAGGGUGAGCAGGACUUCGAAUCAAAGGAGGGCCAACUAGACGGUUUCCAGUACGCUUUCCGUACCUGCUCAGUAUACAUUACCUGACUUAUUUCAUUGCUACUUACUUCAUUUAUAACAAAUUUGACAUACAAUGCUGAUUUGGACGCGAUUUUAUUGUUUUUUUCUGUUCCUCCUGUCGACCUUUAGCGUCAUGUUGCUACAUAAGCGAUGAUGUAUAGUGAGCAGGUUGUCAUUGCGGAUUGUUGCUCUGAUUCUGAUGGAUCAAAACCAGAUAAAGACAGUCAAGUGACACCCAUCAGAGAGGGACAAGACAACCUUACUUUACAUCAAGGUCCUGCUCACCCUGUCAGGAAUCCACUUUGCAAAACCACCCACUCACUAUGAUUCAUCUCUUGAUUAACCCCUGACAGGGCGAGCCAAAAUCUUCCUUUUUUUUGAGGUUUUUGUUUCUUAUUUUUACGUUUUCUUUUGACGUAUCGCUGUACUGACUUUUCCAAGAAACAAAAGGCGGAUUAUUGAUGUGGUCAGCUCCAGAUUUAAAGGGAAAUAUGACUCUCAGAUUUAAGGGAUAAGACAACUGUAUUAAGAAGAACCGAUGGAUCCAGCGAGUGCUCCCGCUCGUCAUGUAACAGACUGAUUAACUCAAAGAUGAAGAGGAGGUUUCUGGGAAAGUGGAGCACAUAGGCGGGAAGGUGGGGGUGUGGGAGGGGGUUUGUUUGGACCCCAAGAAGACGAGGAGGGGGAGGGAGGAGCGGGAGAAUGCUCUGACGUCAAUGCUGUGUCAGCGCUGUGCCAGGGGACCCAGAGGCUCACAGCUCAGGGGACACACACACACACACAAACACACACACCUGUAGCUGAAGCGCACAUACAGGAGACUUUGAGCAAACACCUUUCCCCAAACUUUGAACUGCGGCCCUGAGAUUAAACUUUGAACGAGCAGACGUCUGAAUCAGCGGCCGGUUUUAGCAGCAGGCCCCCAGAGCGAGUCGAUGAAAAGCCGCGCGACGGGGAGCGCGGAAUGUCUCUGUUUUCCAUGAGACGCAUUUCGCCCCCGAGUACAGUCGGCAGAGCGGCCACUCACAUUCAAUUAGAGCGGGUAGGUUUGAAACGAGCAAGACACCAAUCUGACUGAGUAAUCCAAAUUAAGCUUGUUAAAAGAAGAAUGCUGCAGAGAAAGGAGCGAUUUGCCAGGAAUCUGAUUUGUCUGAAUGCAGCCUCACACGUCUGAGGGGAUUUGUCACAUCCUGCUGUUUUAUUGUGGAAUAAUUCCCCCCCCUCCUCCCUCUGCAGAUGAUGGCCAAACCCAGCGAGUCCCCCGUGGGUCGCCAGCACCAGAGCCACCCAGAGGAGACGGAGGAGGAGCUGAGGGAGCACCAGGACGGAGGAGGAGGAGGAGGGGCCCUGCCGCCGGGCGUCACCAUCAAGCAGGAGCCGCCCGACCCGCAGGACCUGCAGGAGGAGGCGCUUCAGCAGCACAGGGAGCGGGAGCAGGAGCUGCUCUUCAGACAGGUAGAGGAGUUUGGAGGAUUGAUUGGGGAAGUCCUCGAGAGCGAAAAACUCCCAGAACAGACUCAGAGUUGUUUUUUAAGGCUGCUCAGAUGUUGCUGUUUGUCUUAUUUUUCCUGUAAUUAAAUGCUGAUUCAAGUCAAAGCUGCAAGUUUUGGCUGCCAUCUUAUGGCCAGAGGUUGCAGCUGCAGUGUGGAGAAGAAAGAAGCAAGUUUCCCAGACUCAGACGAGAGGAGUUUGACUCUUUUUAUGCAUUUUACACAACCAGGUCCCUGUACCUCCAGCAUGUGACAAAACUGUGCUUUUAUUUUGAAGUAAAUUAAGUGUGAAUUCCCAAAACAAGUGAAACCAGCACAUUUAAGGUAAACUCGAGGUCACAUAUCAUAUUUAUCUUCAGGAGUAAAUGUUUUAUUAGACGUCAGCCUCAUCUUGAACAUCCCUCUUUUGUGUCGUCUCCCUCUCUCUGUGUUUGUGAGCAGCAGGCCCUGUUGUUGGAGCAGCAGCGGAUCCAUCAGCUCAGAAAUUAUCAGGCCUCUAUGGAAGCCGCCGGCUUGUCCAUCUCCUUCCCGGGACACCGCCCUCUAUCCCGGGCUCAGUCAUCCCCCGCCUCGGCCUCCUCCUUCCCCAUCAGCGUCCCGGCCUCCGACCCUCCCGUCAAACCUCGCUUCACUACAGGUCUGUGAGACGUUUGAUGUUCGCGGCUCAAAUCUCUGUCAAGCCGCCAGUUUGACUCGCAUCCACGGCGUCCGCCCUCCUCUUCUCCGCCUUAAAGACUCAUUUGGGAAGUUUUUUUGGCUUUGAAUCGACUUCCUUUCAAACACACAGGGGACUUAAAAAAAAAGAGAAUUUGCAUCCAAAAAAGCAGGUGAACCGGCCAAAGAAUGGUAAAACAGCUCCGGCCUCCAUCUGGUUGCAGAAAUAAUCAACCUAAUCCUGCCAAAACCUUUUUCUCACCCACUUUGUCUCCAUCUCAGACAUCUGAGUCAAAACGACAGAGAAGAGCUGAGGAGUAAUCCGUCUCAGAGAGGGAGUGAAGCUCUCAGUGGCUUUUCUCUCUGCACUCAAAUGUUAUCAGCGUGAAGAAGCUACACACUGUGUUAUUACAAGCACAAGAGGUGAUGAUAUUUUUAUAACGGUUUGGCCUACUUUACUCCCACUCAGCAGCAAACUGCACAGAGCAUUUAGGGAGAGAAGAGUUUUAGAUCAAGAGUUUUGAGGCUGUGCAGCUUUGCGUUUGUAAAAAAGCUUGGGUUAGUCUGAGGGAUAAGGAGGGAAGUUGAGACCCUAAAACAGACAACAAUUAAAACUAAAGAAGGGGUUAAAAAUCUUUACAUGUGCAGGAAACAUCCGAAAUUAAAUAAACAUUCAAAUUUAUUAAUAAAUAGGGUGACAUGUCCUCUUUUUUGGGGGCUGUCCCGCCUUGUCCAGGAAGCUAAUUUUUUUUUUUGUAGGGAUGGUAGGGGAAAGUCCCGCCUCCUUCGCCUCUGAUUGGCUAGAAAGGCUGGAAACGUCAUCACACGCUCAGGCCAAACGCGGGCUGUCGACUCUGUACAUCGAACAGAACAUUACAGAACUUUAUCGCACUUCUGAAUCUCCUAACCCGACAGACGACGCUUCACAGUCAUAAGGAAUAACCAAUCAAAGCCCAGCACUUCUAGCCAAUCAGAGGCGAAGGAGGGCGGGACCUUUCCCUACCAUCCUACAAAAAAAAGUUCACGUCCGGGAAAGUUUAUAAAAUACUUCAGAUGUCGUUUUCAUACGUAAAUUUUUUGAUGUUGUGUCAUGUGGACUUUCUGAGUUAAAAGCGAGUAAAAGACUGUCGAUCCAACCCGAAAAACUCUCAAAAUUAACUUUGUGCGACUCCUUGACUCCGCCCCUGCGUAGUCAUGUCCUCUUUUUGGGAAGUCAGAAUAUUGUCACCCUAUUACCAAGUCUACCUCCCCUUCCUGCGGCAUUAACUCGAAUCCAGUCAAAGAUUUUCUCCAAAGGUCGAACAAUCCCGCUCAAGUUGUCUGUGAUCCAUCUUACCGUGUUGGAGCAGAGUUUGAACCCUCCCUCUUUCCCAGGUGAACAUAUAAACAUGGGUCGACCUGGUAGUCCUUCAGUGUUGCACCAAGCCCUGCAAUGCAUGUCAGUCAGUUGCACACUGGCGCCACCUUCUGGCAGGAGGUUUUAGCGUCUUUUUCAUCUUACUCGCACGGACGCUUGACGGGGAAAACUUCACACCCUGAGAGGACACGUGUGAACACUAAAUUUGGGGAAAUUCAGGUCCUGAUACAACUUUUUUACCUCUGAUAUGAUACCGAUAUUGUCGCCUUCAGUAUCGGCCGAAACCGAUAUUGUUCCGAUAUUGGCACAAACUCAUACAUAAGUUUUGCACUCAGCUGCAAUGUCUUUGUCGGACUUCAACGAAAAACACUGCCACACAGCCGACAUCACUCUCACUCCUUGGUACUUUGUUUGUACCUUAGUACACACUGUUGUUGUGAUCACAUGGGCUCUACAUGCUGGAUCUGGGUGCUGGAGUGGAGUCUGGAAUGGACUGCUUGUAUCUGAGUGCUGAUAUCGGAGAUUCUAGAUGCUGGCCGAUAUAAUCCGAUAUUUGAUUUUGGUUGAUAUCGGACCGAUAUGCGAUAUCAAUAUCGCAUCGGGACACCCUUAAAUUCAUAUAUGGGACAAAACGACUAUUUUUAUCAUCAAAUAAUCUGACAUUUCUCUUGAUUAUUAAAAAAAAUCCCAAAGAAGUGAAACUCCCAGACUUGAAACCAAAAAAGCACAACAAGCGCCGAAAUAACUCGCAUAUAUGUGACAUAUUUGAGGUUAUGAAAGAGUGUGUGAAAACGGUGUGACUCUGUGUGUCUCCUCAGGCCUGGUGUACGACUCCCUCAUGCAGAAGCAUCAGUGUAUGUGCGGAAACACCAACAGCCAUCCAGAGCACGCGGGCCGUAUUCAGAGCAUCUGGUCUCGGCUGCAGGAAACGGGCCUCAGAUCGCAGUGUGAGGUACGAGAGAAAAAGAGUGGAAACAACUCGGCGGCGGACAUCACACGAGCAUGAGAACUGUGUCAUCCUUUGUGUGUUUGUGUGUGUUUGUGUGUGCGUUUGUGUGUGUAGUGUAUCCGUGGGAGGAAGGCCACUCUGGAGGAGCUGCAGACGGUUCACUCUGAAGCCCACGUCCUGCUGUACGGCACCAACCCUCUCCGACAGAAACUUGAUUGUAAGGCACACAAACACACUCUGGCUGCACUAGAAUUUCACGUGAUCGAAUAUCCCUCCACUAAACGGUCCUGAUUCGAUCCCUGUGCCCUCAUCUCCAGGUUCAAUCACUCCCAUGUUUGUACGGCUGCCGUGUGGAGGAGUCGGGGUGAGUAACUCUCAGAUUUAAGGAGCGAAAUUUGACUGAAGGGAAUUAUGAAAAUCACUUUGACUCACUAAACAACUGAGAAUUUCUUCUUGUCAGCCUGAAUUCGCCCAAACUUUUCCACUCCAGCUCCUCAGAUCUUUCUCUCCGUUCAUGCUGCUCAUUUUCACUGUGCUUGUUCUAUUUUUAGGUGGACAGCGACACCAUCUGGAACGAGGUGCACUCCUCCAGCGCAGCUCGCCUCGCCGUCGGCUCUGUGGUGGAGCUGGUUUUUAAAGUCGCUACAGGAGAGCUGAAGGUAACCCCCGGUCACAUUUGUCAGGUUGUCAAGAAGAAAUUCUUCUUUUUUUAUUGCUUUAGAGGAAGAGUGAAAUGCACAGAUUUGUUUUUUGGUGUUAAAAAUGACCCAAAAGGAGUCAAAGAGUCAAAAGAGGCGACAAAUAUUGUUAAAAAUGUCCUUUUUUGUGUGUUUUGAGUCUUUAUUUGGUUAAUUCUCUCAAUUUUUUAGCCCUAACUUGCAGCUGAUAGGUGUUUGUCGCCCCCUUGUGUCUCUGCAGAAUGGUUUCGCCGUGGUCCGCCCGCCUGGACAUCACGCAGAGGAGAGCACUCCCAUGUAAGGACACACACAGUCAGAGAGAGUCGCCUAAUCCACGCACAAACAUCAGUGUAAAACCCUCUCUCUCUCUCUCGCUGUUUCAGGGGUUUCUGCUACUUUAACUCCGUGGCCAUCGCCGCCAAACUGCUGCAGCAGAGACUCAACGUCAACAAGAUCCUCAUCGUGGACUGGGUAAGGUCUCAGAGUCGCCGCAUUUCUGUAAAGCGACGUGUUGUUGGCGAAUUUGUGCUUAUAUUACAUGUGCUGUUUGAACGUAGGACGUUCACCACGGCAACGGCACCCAGCAAGCUUUCUACGACGACCCCAACGUCCUCUACCUGUCCAUUCACCGCUACGACGACGGCAACUUCUUCCCUGGAAGCGGAGCACCUGACGAGGUGCGUACAGCCGUGUCAAACACAGCCGCAAUGCAUCGUGGGAAACAUCUGAAUCAAAACGUGAAAAAGUUCGACGACUUGAUGUUUCUGCGUCUCUCUGCAGGUGGGCAGCGGGCCCGGAGUCGGCUUCAACGUGAAUGUCGCUUUCACUGGAGGCCUCGACCCGCCGAUGGGAGACGCCGAGUACCUGGCUGCCUUCAGGUAGAGUGAGAAGUAGUAGAGUUGUUUUUGGACGACUGUUUUCAUUUUAGUUUUAGUCUUUGUGUCAAACUAUCAUUUUAGUUUUGAUUAGUUUUAGUCACGUUUAGUCAGUUUUAUCAUAUCUGUGUAACUGCAUCCUCCACCCUCUCUCUCUCUUUUAGGUCGGUGGUGAUGCCCAUAGCCAAUGAGUUCGCCCCUGAUAUCGUUCUGGUCUCAUCUGGCUUCGACGCCGUAGAGGGACACCCUCCUCCUUUGGGCGGAUACACUUUGACAUCCAAAUGUGAGAUAAUCUUCACUUUCACUUUCUUAUCUCCGUGAAACAUGUGCUCCACUUUGGUGCAAUGAAAAUCUACACUCACUACUCUAAGUGUAACAUGAAGUCACAUCCUGGUCCUCAGGUUUUGGCUACCUGACCAGGCAGUUAAUGACUCUCGCUGGAGGCCGGGUGGUUCUGGCUCUGGAGGGGGGUCACGACCUCACAGCCAUCUGCGAUGCCUCAGAGGCCUGUGUGGCUGCUCUGCUCGGACAGGAGGUAGGAAGGUCAAAGUCUCACGUUAAAUCAAAGAGACAGAGAUUAAUUGAAAGGGGUUUUAUCCCCAAAUCAGCACCUUGUUGAGGUGAAACCAGGUGAACUCCUGCAAAAACAUAGAAAACACAGCUUCUCCAGUCCUCUGUCCUCACGCUCAUGUUUACAUAUUUCUGUGUGUGUUUUUGUCCCGUGCAGCUGGACCCGCUGCCCAAGGCCGUCCUGGAGCAGAGGCCCAACCCCAACGCUGUGCGCUCUCUGGAGAAAGUCAUAGAGACUCACAGUGAGUUCAUCCAGGACAAAACUCUCACAUAACACUGAUAAGAUACUGAGACACAAUCCAAUCACACACUUUUACUGCUGUGAGUUAUGUUUGAAACAAGGCAUGCACAAAAAGUCAUCAUGAGUUGGAUUUAAAAUAAGGUAUUUUUGUUAUAACACCAACUGAUGAAACAAUAUGGGGCGCUCACACCAAAUGCAAGUGAAAUCCUCUACUCGCUUAAUUCGCGCGAACCAAGACGCAUGAAUAAAUAGUAUUUACUCGCUUUAGUCGCAUGUCAAUGCACGUCACGACAGUUGGAUUUAGAAUAAGGUAUUUUUGUUAUAAACACCAGCUGAUGAAACCUUAUGGGGCGCUCACACCAAAUGCAAGUGAAAUCCUCUACUCGCUUAAUUCGCGCGAAUCAAGACGCGUGAAUAAAUAGUAUUUCCUUGCUUCAUUCGCAUGUCAAAGCACGUCACUUCAGUUGGGUUGGGUUGAGUACUUUUGUUAUAACACCAACUGAUGAAACUUUAUGGGGUGCUCACACCAAAUGCAAGUGAAAUCCUCUACUCGCUUAAUUCGCGCGAAUCAAGACGCAUGAAUAAAUAGUAUUUACUCGCUUCAUUCGCAUGUCAACGUUAAUUUCAACGGUAAUCCCUGCCAAUUCAACCAGCAGGAUCAAGUGAUAGACAACGUUUUUUUUCAAUUUACCAGAUAAUCCGACCUCCUCACUGAUUUUUCUCCAGGCGAGCUCCUUUUUAUACUGGUAUUGGUAAUUGAAAGAAAAUGUAUCAUAGAAUUCAGGGCACCUGUGAUAGAUACCUGUGCACAACCAUCCGUUUUCAUAUGUCACCCGGCAACCUUUGUGCUGAUUAGUUAUCGCGAGGUGAAUAACCGCUCAUGUUAAGACAUUUUCAGCUUCAGCCCAAUUUGUGUCAUUUGUGCCGUCAGAGUAGUAGGAGCGUCUAAUCGCGUCUUUACAUUGACUUAACAUGUAAUUCAUUUGCGCGAAUGAUUUUACUCGCACUUGUGGAGACAGUAAAAGUUCCUUAUGGGAGUUUUAAAAUAAACAGGAUUGGGGCUCAAAUACAAAGUUUGAACCUCACCAAUCAAAGUCAAGCUUCCUUUUUUUAAUGUGUUCAUUUCAAACAUCCUCACUCCUUUAUUUCCCUCCUCCUCCUCAGGUAAGUACUGGCGCUCGGUGCACCGCUCCUCCCCACGGCUAGGACUUUCCCUUCUGGAGGCCAAACGAGGAGACUCAGAGGAGGCGGAGGCCGUCAGCGCGAUGGCCUCGCUCUCGGUGGCUAACACCAACGCCAUGGAUCAGAGGUAAAGGGACAUUCCUUCUUAAUUACUUGCUUCUUUAUUUAGGUUAUUGACCUGUGAUUUUAAAGCUUGUGUGAGAAGAUGUAUGUAGACGUCUUUGUCCACAGGGGGCGCCAUAAUCAACACAAACAUCAAGUCACUUACAGUAGCUUUAAUCAGCCAUAGUCAGCCACUGUUUUAACUCACUCAAAUCUGUAUCUUCUGAAUGUGAUCUUUUUGUCCGUCAGGCCCGAGGAGGAGCCCAUGGAGGAGGAGGAGCCGCUGUAACGGACGGAAACACGAAGGUGUCACACCGUUAACCUUUGACCUCUGCGGAGACAACUCUUUGAGCGACGAAGAGUCUUCGACUGACCCCUUCAUUUAGUCCCCCUUACCCCACUCACCACGUCAGUCACCUUGAUUGGCGGCCCCUCGGCCAAUAAAACGAGGGAGAGGGGGUGGGCUCAGCCUCAGAGUAGGGAGCCAAUCAGGAGACAGAGGACUGAACUGGGAAGAAAAUAUUAAAAGAGACUCAUUUUUUCUGUCAGUCUUCGCACCCUCAUGUUAGCCCACAGCGGCUAACCAUGUGACCAAGGCAGCAGGUGGGUGUGUUUGGAGUUUGGGCGGGACCAGGUCUCGCCGUAGAAAGGUGUGAUUUCACUGCAGGAACAUACGGUGCUUUACACAGCUGCCUUCUGACCACGUACAGUAUGGACACCAGAGACAGCAGACAAUCCCAGCUACCAGCUCGGGAGUUUCUUUACUCUUUUAUCGACUAUUUUUCCCUGCGAAUCUAAAGGGCGUCGCAGCAACUGAGAUCAUAUUUUACACGAUGCGUUCACUGUGGACUUUGGUCAAGCCGAAAGUUUGAGCCGGCUUUUACAAAGAUUUGAAGACGAGACUUUCGCCUCGCCGGACCAGCCUGUCGUUGAAAACGGUUGACGAGUGAGAGGAGUGCCUUGGUGAGGGAGGGUCCCCCCCGCUGGAUUUCAGGAUUGUUUCAGGAAAAGAUUGCCUUAAGUCAAACGAGGGAGGAAAAGUUUCCGCUCCUUUAACAGGGGGAACAUUAACGCAAACAAUCUUUCAGCAUGUUUACUUGGAACGUGACGAAGACGACGUUUACGUCUCUCACAGCCUCUCGAAGAAGAGUUACUCUACUUUUGGAUGGAUCUAUUUUUCUGUAUAAAAAAAGAGAAAAAAAACACAAGGAAGCGCUUUGAAAAGGUAGUUGCCAGCUUCAGUAGAUAAAACGGUGCAAAAAUGGAAACUCCUAAACGAAUUAGACUCUCAAAAAGUAAGCCUCUGAUGUAGCUUCCCUUUAACAGAAGUCAUUGCUUUGUAAACACGAAGCAUGCGUCGAAGCCGAAAAAGACCGGACGUUUUUAGCGAGAUUUUUAUCCAAAAGAGAAAGCCAAGCAAGAAAAGCCAAAGCAUGAGUUUGCAUUUACAGUAGUACUUUCACUUCACUUAGCUGGCAGACAUUUCUCGUACCGGCCCUUUAAGAGAAGGCUCCCGGUACCCAGUUCAAUGUUUACUAAUUUAACCCUCCACGGAUCAAGUGAGCAUUUCUGUCCUGAUCGGCCCUCCGUACACCGGCCGGUUGGCAGCUACCUUGGUUGCUGUGUGUGAGCUAGUCAUGUAUAUUGAAUUGAAUAUAUUUUGAGGGGCAGUAAUCGCCUGUUUGUAUCUACAUGUAUGAUUUCCACAUCUGAUAUCGAAAAAGAAAAACAAACAAACAAACGAGAAAAAAAGACAAAAAAAAACGUGUUUGGUAAGCGUGUCCACUUUUUAUUUUUUAAUGUAUAAGAUUAUUUUUCUAACUUUUUUCAUCCAUAGAUUUCGUUCUGUGUUUUUAUCCGUUUUCUGGAUAGUUAUAGGGCUGUCAUUCACACACUUAGUACUUUUGUCACUCCUUGUUCCAGAACUUUCUUUCUUGUAUUUAUCAGAACCAAGGAGCAGAACCUCCUCCUUUUCUUUCUUUCUUUCUUUCUUUCUUACGGCUCUCCAGGCCUUUUUUUCUGCAUUUUCAUCAAGCGUGUAUUUAUAACAUGUACUGUUUAUAGCAGAUUUGUAUAUGGAAAAAUUUAUAAAUGUACUCUAACUAAUGACAGCUAUGAUAUUGUGAGCGACAAACAGUAUGGUGUAUGAUAUUACUACCAUGGACGUUUCAAAAAAGCAGCAUAUUUAACUCGUCAUCGACUGCACUGUUUCCACGCUGCCCUCGAGUGAAGUCAUCACGGCACUGCAAUUGACUUUUCAAGUACGACAUUUGAUCACUUUGUUGCCUAUUUGAUGCGUUUUUUUUCCUUACCACUUACCUUUAAACUGUGACAACACGUCCACAAAGAGGUUUAAAGGAGGUUCCAUGUAGCUCGCUGAGUUUCGCGUUUGGCCGGAGGCGAAAAAAGCGGAGGAAAACGUUAUUAAAAAGCGGAUUUUUUUUAUUGUAAAUUUGAAGGGAAGACUCAGCAGAUAUCUUUCAAAUCUCUUUCUGAGCAUGUGUUGCACUAUCAUGUUCAACUUUUGCCGACUUUCGCGCUUGAAUCAACGUACCUAACGGUCCAGUUACGCAACAUGACUAUCAUGUUCAUUUGAACAUCAUUUUCCACGUCUUAAACAUUCCACUUGUUGUUUUAUUUUUUAUUUAAUUUGGCUUCUUUUUUACUGAUUUAAUUUCUUUUUGUAGAAACUUUAUUACCGCUCUUUCUUUUCUUUUUUUUUUUUUGCCGUCUGCUCGCGCCAAAUUUAACUCUUUGCAUGGUUUGUGAGUCAGCAUGCCUGCUUGUCUAUGUAACAAAAAUGUAUUUGCACAAUAGAAGAAGAACACUGGAGGACUUUAAGACAAAAAAGCAGAAAAAAAUACAAACCCUCCGAUGAUGGCAGCGGCGGCGGCGGCUCCCAAGAGCACCAAACGGGACGGUUUUUCUUCCUGUGGUGUGCUGACGGUUCAAAAGACUCCACUGAGGACCGUUUGAUAUUGUUCUUAUUGUUUCCGACGAGUGAUUUUAACGGCACUUAUGACAUGGACAGACUGUGCUGAAAGAGAAAACACGCUCUGCCAAACCUCUGCUACAUCCACACCUUAAGAAAAAGAAAAAAAAACAAGACUCCCAAAGAAUGUUCCUCUUCUGCAGAUUUGUGAGCACUGUUACAGGAAAGACAAGUUUGGACAAAAAAAAAGGGCAUCGUCGUUUGAUUGUCACUCCCACCUCGGCCAGUUCUCUCUAUAUAUAACCACUGUGGCUCCAGAGCAAUUCUCGGUUUACAUGUAAAUGGAUAAAAAAGUUAUUUUUUGUUUGUUGUUUGUCUCUAUUGAUGAAAAAUGUUAUCUUUCUUUGGGACCUACGCUUUGGACAUUUCAUCUCUGACAUCAUCUAUAAAAUAUAUUUCUGAAAAAUACACCAUGUGGUUGUUGUGUUUUUGUUUUCCUUCUUGUUAGGCAACUCUUCUUGGAAUUCUUGGAUCAAUAUCAAGCAGAAAAACUCAAGAUAAUCCCACUGAUUUAUCAACUCUUCUCAAAGUCCGUUAAGGUGCAACAAAAGUGCACAAACAUCAAUAGUGCUGGAUGCGGUGAAAUUCCUACAACGUCUCAAGACAGACCAGAGGUUCAGAAAAUUAGUUUUCCCAGCACAUGACAGCAGAAGCGUGUCACGGUCGAAAAUAAGGACCACUGGUCUCUGGUUUGAGGAGACGUACGAAGAGACGUGAAGUCUCAGCUGAUCGUUCUCUGAGUGGAAAAUCUAAUAAGAAGAUUCAAUAUCACAAUGGGCAUGCAAAAUCCCUGCUGCUGCAGCUGUCAGCUGACCUCCCCACCCAACCAAACUGAUGUGUUUUUUUUUGCUUCAUGUCUCAAGAAGUGAGAAUAUUCUGUAAGGAUUUUAAAAGGCAACGUUUGAUUCAUUCAGCCAGGUA